UUCCCUUCUCCAAGCCCCGCCCACGCAGGGGCUGUUGCUCCUCCCACGCGGGUGACGAAGGCGGCGCUGAGGCUGGCGCGGCGGCAGUUGCUUCCAAGCGGCGGCGGAGAAGGGUCGCCACAGAAGUAGAGGAUGGCGACGGUGACGGCGGGGGGCAGGACGGGCACCGCGACGGGCACCACCGAGCGGCUGGGAUGGUCCCUGCUGCUGCUCUUGGGGCUCACCGGCCCCGCGGCGACGCUGGCCGGCUACAUCGAGGUAAGGAGGAGGAGGAGAGCACCCGCUGAGGGAGCCGAGAGCGCUUCCAUGGCUCCCCUCACCACGCGCCUCCUCCGCACCGACCACGCUCGCCUCCGCCGGGGGACCAGGGAGCGUCCUUCGCCAGCCAGCCUCAUCCUCCCCUCCCCUCAGAUCUCUCUUAUGUUUAGCCUUAAUUCCCCCACCUUCCAGAAAUCCUCCUUAUUAUCUAUUGAUUCAUUGUGUAAUCCUAGGAUGAGUGUUUAAACUCGGUUUAUUGGCGUUUAUUUUAUUUAUUUCACCUUUUUCUUGUUGCUCCCAUGCCCGCAACAACAACCCUGCGAGGUAGGUCAGGCUGAGAGGGGCAGUGACUGGCUACCCUCCUCCACACACACAUCACCACCACCAGCAAAGGUCGCAUCCAGUGAGCUUCAUGCUUGCUGAGGUGGGUUCGGGGAUUUGGACCCACUGGUUUCUUCCGAGUCUAAGCCGGUGACCACUGCCCCCCCCCGUAUCGUAGCAUAAUUGCUGUUUUAUCAUCAUCAUCAGUGAUGUUCUUCACCGUAGUCAUGAGAGCGAGUGAUUAUCACUAUCAUUGUCGUUGUAAUUGUUAUUUAUCUGCCCUUCACUAUAAGGUCCCAGGAUUGCAACAUUGAAACAAGUAUUAGUAAUGGUUUAAAACGACCUACAGCCCCCAACAGUUAGGUGAGUCCGAAAGAUAUACACCUCCAGUGUUAGAAGCCAGGGUAAAUAGGGGAUCGGUGCUACAACAUAGUAUUCAGUGUAUAUGGAGUGCUUCUGUGUGUCGCCAGAGCUCUCCAGGACUCGCCUUACAACACCCUUGCAAAGUAGGGCUCUGCUCCACUUUGAUCCGACAGGGCUUGUCUUUAAUACGGGAUUUCACCUUGUAUAAUAUGUUGACGGGUAAAAACAAGGCAGCGGUGCCUCUUGGUACUGCUGUGUACAGGUUCAUCACGGUUUCAUUAGGACAGUUCCUCCAGUGUAGCAUUCAUGCCCUUUAAAUCUGAAGACUUCAAAGGACUGGGUUGUUUCCAAUUAGGAUGCUUGAACUAAACAUUUCAAUAAUAAUAAUAUCCCCUUGCUUCCCCCCUCCCUUGCAGGGAGUUGGACUUGAUGACCCUCAGGGUCCCUCCCAACUCUACAAUUCUGUGACUCUGCUUCUUCCUCCUUCAGAUUCUGUAACUUACCUUGUCCUCCAGCGUCUAUGGCUUUCUCUCCCCCCCCCCCAGUCUUCCAGGAAUUUCUCUUGCCCGCCCUGCUUUCCUACUUCCACCUCUGUGUCCUCCAUUUGCUUACAGCCAUUUCCUUUCUCUCUUCCCCCACCCCGCCACUUCAACACUCCCACACUGAGCAAUCCUGUCUCUUUCUGUACAAUCUGCCUUAAGCAACACCCCCUUCAAUCAGAGAUUUUAGUGUUCUGGAGGUUUUUUUCUCUCUUCCCCACCCCUCCCAAAGGAAGAGAAAAGAGCUGCAGGGGGAGAAGAUUGUGCCUCAUUUUCCCCUGUCCUUAAUCUAUCCCUUCUCCUGGCAUACCUGGCUCUCAUGAUGAGAUAAGGAGGGAAAGGCCCAGAAAGAACCCUUGCUGAGAUUUCUGCAGUGUGAUGUCAAAAUGUCUCACUUAACCAUUUCCAGCAUUGGUUUCGGAUUUGCAUUGUAUAUUUUGUGUGUGGAAAGUACCUUGCUUCUGCAGUAUUUGUGGUGUUCUCAGUUCUUUCUCAACCUGGGGGGAAACACUGCUGUGCUAGAGGGUGUGUCAUACUCAGCCCCUUCCUGAGCCUCCUUGGAUACUGUAGUUUUCCACUUUCCUUGAAGCCUAGUGAUCUCCAGUCUGUUGUUCUGCAAGCUGAGGUGUUCCUUACCUGCUUGCUUUGACAGUCUUGCUGUGUUGGAUAUGAAGCUGAUCAGUGUGUCCAGUUUUCUCCAGCAUUUUAAGUAUUCUUAUCCAAAGAUAACGACUUGGUAGAAAACAGUGCUGCAAAAGUAAUUUAUGAUGUUGCCCGUAUUUUAUAUUCUAAAUCUAGCAAGCUCUUACUUCUUCUGGUGCCAUUUCAUAACAGGAUUUUGCCUGUGUUUGUGAAAGCAUUUCAGGGCUCUUGAUAUGUAAGGCUUCUUUCUACUUAUCUGGUAAAGGGUUGGCAUUGGGGGCUUAAAUGAAUAUGGGUUUUUGCCAAACCUUUCUGGGAUAAAAACAAAUGGUUUUCUGUAGGAGUUCAAGAAGGGAUGCUGCAGUGGUAUGCUAAGAAUUUGGAUUGCUAUCUUAAGAUUGAGUCUGAAACCUAUCUUCUGAGUCUUUGUUUUACCCUGGAUGUGUGCUUGCAAAUGCAUGAGAACUGACCUCUGCAUUCUUGGCACAGUAACAAGAAAUGUGAGUGUCAGAUUGGUCUAGAAGCUUAGAGGACAACUUUGUAGGGGAAAAAAUCAUUUGUUUUGUGUUAUCCGCUCAAUAGAUCCUUGCUAAAUCUUCUGGUUUCAACUGCCUAUUUCAUUGUCUUUCAGAUUAAAGCUUUAUCAGAGCAUAAUGGGUAUUUAUGAAACAUUUAAAUACUUGCUCUUCUUAGAUGACAUGGAAGACCUGCCUUCCCAUCAACAUUACUUUAAUUCUCAAGGUCCACAUUAAAACAUAAUACAGAAAUUUCUGCACUGUAGGAUGGUUUUUGGCAGAAGUUAGCUAGAGAAGCAGGAUAUAGAAGUCUACCUUACACAAAUAGAGAUGUAUAUACCCAUCAAUAACAUAGUUAUUCAAAAGUGUUCAAAAACAUAUUUCAGACAUUAACUCAGCCUUCAAAGCAGCCCUGCAGGGAUAAUUUUUCAUAUAAUACAUGGAUUAUUUUUAUAAGAUCAUACUGUUUGCAUGGGAAUUGCCUUGUUCACAUUGCUAAAUUCUACAGAAUAUGAUCUUGAGCAAAAAAGGUUGAUUUGUAUCUCAUAUAUUUUGCCCUUCAGAAUUCACUAUGAGGCUACCCAAAUUCAUCGUCUUCUCAAGUUUUGCUUGUAUGAGAAUUCUUCAGAUUCCUCAACAAUUGUUUGCAAUGUAAUGGCAGUUCAGUGACAAUAACUGAUCUUGAAAAACCUGCCUGAAGUUUUUCUGCCAGGUUGAUAACAAGACUCAAUGAGGCCGGGGUGUGGGAUUCCGACUAAAGCCCCUCUUGGAUUACUUGGCGUGGAGGGGGGCUUCCUGAUUAUGGAAUUAAUCCCCUACACCUGUUAAAAUCUCUUCCAACUGUGUGGCACUUCCUCUCUCAUAUACGAGACAACUUCAGCUGCUUGUUUGUAUCCUGUCUGGAAGCUGUAUCAUGUGCAGGAAUUAGUGGCAAAGGCCUGCCCUAUUUCCUUCCAGUAUAGAGCUAUAUAUGCAAAGCAAAAUCCCAACUAUGUAUUGAUUACGUAGCAGCCAUUGAAGUGGAGGCUGUAGCUAGACAGAAGGCUGCCAUCUAAGCUUACAGCUUUGUGUGGUAGGUUAGCAACGGACUAUGCUGUCUAAGUUCUGGACUUCCGUAUUGCUAUUUUAAUCAUGAGAAUAAAGAGAGAAAUUGGGGUACUUUGGGUCUGAAAACGUAUUGACCAGAAAGAUGGUUUAUGCCCAUUUGACUUCCACAAGAGGUUAAAGGUGGCCUUAAUAGUGCUUAAUUAAGUUUAGUUUUAUCACAGAAAAAACAACGCAACAGUAGAUUUGGCAUCUGUCAGGUGGAUUUUCUUUCACUCAGUUAUCUCAGAUAACCAGUCCCUGUCCCCAGGACACCCAUUAAUCUGUUUAACAUCUACGACAUGUCUGUUUUCAGUUUGUGCCUCAUGUUUGGAAGUGCAUGUAUGUGAAGCUCAGUGUUGAGUAAGGCAUUCUUCAUAGGUCGUUAAAUGGAAUGGCAAAAGAAAAUUAACCACUACUACUUAAUUGCCUCUUCCCAGACAGGGCUGAUUUGCUGGGUUCUACUUACUAAGACACUUCUGCCCUAUAUUUUGGCCACAAAGGUUCCUAAGGUAGUUUACAAUGAAUAAAAAAAGCCAUUAUCAGAGAUCCAAUCUAUAAAAAAUAUCUAUAGCAAGGAGGAAAUUUUUCUAAGGGCUUGGUGGAAUAAACUUCUUGACAAUUUAUCUAAGGGUCAAAAGAGAGAAAACUAGGCAUGCUUCCUGAGGUAGACAGUUGGACUGUCUUGGUGCCAUAUGAUGAAGGCCCUGGCCAUGUCCCAGUUAGCUCAGCCUCUGAAGGCAAACAGGUGUGGCGCAAGGUCUCUGAACAGAGUGGGUGGGCAGGUGCUUAAGGGAGAAAAUGGUUCUUCAAAUCACCUGGCCUCAAGGUCAGGAACCAUCAACUUUCAUAUGGCAAGAGACAAUUUGUUUUCCUCUUUUAAAUGAUCUUAUUAGCACAAAAUGGUAUUUUUGCACACUGGCAUGCAGGAAGAGAUGAAAUGAACUCAAACUGGAUGUUUACCUGCUGGACUACUAAUAUAUUUAGAGCUGUCUUGAAAUGGAAACUGGCUGCACUGAAACAAAUCACUCUAUUAGUGUGCCUUUGAAGGGGUCAAAUUAAGAUUGUUGACUAUGAGCUGCAGCUCUGUCUGUGAAUGCAUUCUGUAUACACGCUUUUUGAAACUAUCUGUUUCAUUUAAUUUAGCACAUGGUUUCUGAUCUGUAAGUUAAAGAACAAAGUUAUGUCAGGUUCCAAAUUGGAUAUAGCAGCUCAUGAAUCAAAUAUAUAUAUAGAGAGAGAGAGAGAGAACAUAGAAGCUAUGCUUCAUAUAGCUUACCUUGACAUUCUUUUUAAACAAAAUUAAAGAUUAUAAUACAACUUUGUCCAUUGCUUGACUUCACUGCAGAUCAAGUUACAUGAAAGAAAUGAACUUGUUGCACUCAAUUCUGAGUAGUAGUUGGAGUAAUUUGAAUUAAUAUUCUGACCCUGUUGGUGUUUCAUUUUGGAAUUGCUUUUGCACAUUUACAUUUCUAGUUGUUACUCAUUCCAAUAAAAUUCUUACAGUUGGAAUUUUUGUUGUUAUGGAUGAGUUGCCUUCUGAAAGGUAUUGUACAUAUAAGGACAGAAGAUGGAUGUCACACAAAAAUCUAGUUUUGAGGAACUAUGGUAUCCUCUGGAAAUGGCAACUUCCAGCUUUAAUGGUGUCUUCUAAAUCAGAACUUGCAAUUUGUUUAUAGCCUUCAGCUAUACACUCUAUGCAUUCAACCUUUUUAUAGUACACAGCUCAUUGUGCUCAAUUGCUCAAUACGUUUUGAGCUAGUAACUUUACCCUUGAAGUCUUAUAAGCAGCAUAUAUAGCUUCUAUGUACUGCUUCAUUAGUUCCAUUUUCAAAUGUGCAUUAACUUUAGCCCCUGUUCUUAAAAUAUUCCCUUUCACAUCUUUUGUUCCCUGCACAGCUUUCUCAGGUCAUGAAACAGAAGAGGUCUUGAACAGGCGAUCUGCUCUAAAUGUUUUUGCUUGCUUACCUUUUCUCAUAUACUUCAUUCUGCUUUGGUGCAGCAUUAUGGCAAAACUCUUAUUACUAGUACUGCAGGUCUGCAAAAGCUAGAGUCCUUAUCACACCUUUCUGUAACUGUUUAAAUCUUAGCAGAUACAAGAAUGCUCAUUGAUGAGGUUGAAAUUAUGUCUUGAUAUGUUUUUCUCUGUAGGAAUUAGAAGGCAAAACUAACGGAUCUCUAAUUGCUUAAAUGCACAGUUGAAGAUUAUGGGCACAGUCUAGCCCAUGUUUGUUAUAUGACUGAGUUGUAUUCUAGCAUGUAUAGUCAUUGCAAACUUUGGUUGGCUCGAUUAAAGUCAUCUGUUUAAAACUGUGUAUGUGCCUGUGAAAUGGAUUGUGCACAGAAUAGCAAGCAGAUCUAGUAGCAAUGACUCUUAUUGUAGCAGUGCUUACUGACACGCUUCUUUAGAACAUUUUUUAGGUGCUGCCCACAACCCUUCACUGAAUUGCGGGUUUUUUUGGAGAACCACUGUACUUGCUGACCAGAGUUGCAAGCUAAAAGCUGAAGUCAAACUUGACAUAUGGUGAUGGGUUAUCAGUAGUAGGUCCACCACAUUUUCCUCCAUGAUUGCAGUAGUGCAAAUUGUAGGCCAGUAUGUAAUGCUUGCUAACAGCUGUGGUUUUGGCACGGGUGAUGACAGCUUAAGAUACUGUCUGUGGAGGUCAAGUGGUGAAAGAAUAACCCUGCUAUCUUCUAAAAUGUGGCCUGUAGAGGGGAAAUGGGAAGAGUUGAGAUCUAUGUUUGGUAGACUGGUAAAGCUCUGAUUUUUUUUAAAAAAGCCAAAAGUCACAUACCUACCUCUAUUGGAGACAGAACUGUAGCUGCUUGCUUCUGUAACCUGGUAUGGAUGAUUUAUGCUGUUUUAUCCUGUUCAGGUGGUAUAUUUUCUGGACGAUGAUUUUGUUUUUGGACUGUUGGCAUUGUUUCAUUGAUGUAUUACAUUUUAUGCUGCUUGCUAUUAUCUUUAGUCUACAGCAAAGUACACCUUGAUAGUCUUAUAUUGAUACAGCAUAGCUUGCGAACAGCAAAACACAAUAAAAAUGAGUGUAAAAUCUAUUUAGACAAAAUCAUCUGUUUCUUCCCAAACUGUUAUGUAAAAUGCUAUAGGAUGUUUUUUCUAUGUGGCAAUGGAAGUGUGUUAAUUUUUCUUAACCCUGCUUCAAGAUAUAGUCCCAGGGUAUUGCAAAUCACUGUAUGGUUUAUAUAACACAAACCCCUAAAUGCCUGGCAGACAAAAAGGUACUAGAAAUUGCAGCUGGAGAUCUGGUUCCCAAUUAAGUUCAAUCACAGACAGAAUGCACUGAACAUCAAUUUUAGAUGUGCUUUAAAAGACUAUCACUUUACAGGUAAUACUUAGCCACCAAAUAUUUUAUGUUUCUCCUUUGAAAAGGUACGUAUUUAAUCCAGUAUCGUCCAUGUCCCUGUUCUUGGUAUUUACACAUUUGAUUUAUUUUGAUCAAUUAUGGUAUUAUUGGAGACAGUAUGUUGGAUUUGAUAGCAGAAGUUGACACAUGGCCACCAGGAUCUAUAUUUAGCAGUUUUACUUUUCAUUUGCAAAGCUCCCACCCCACCCCCAUGUCUUAGUUUUGUUACCCAAAACUAUAAUCCGUUAGCAUUUAGUAUCUUCAGUUGUCAACAAGGCUAUGGUCUGUUAAAUUUGUGGACACUGGGAAUGCAGUGGCAAUAUGUGCAGUCUUUUGGGCAACUGCAAUCAAGCUUUAUGUAUUUUUGUGUUGAAAUUAAUUUGCUACGUUUGAUAACUGGCAAGUGUAACUAUUGGGCAUAAUUCAUGUCUAAUUCAUUGGAGACAGUUUAUUUUUGUGGUUGGCAUGUAUACAUUUGAGUUCCUCAGUGGUCCAUGUUUAAACUAAUCAAAUCUGACAUGAAUAUCCCCCAUCCCUGAUCUUAAACUGGAAAACAGUCCAGUUUAGUACAGUGUCUUCAUGCUUUUGCUCAGGGGGGAAAUCUUUAAAAUUAUUCAUCAUUUUCCUAGCCAUGGGCUACAAGGCCUCAAGAUCAUCAGUGCUAUAAUCAAUUUGCCCUUCAGACCAGCUCAUCAUUGAUGGGAUAAAAAUGCAUGGUGACAGCACACUGGCUGAUGUCUGAGUCUCUUUCAUAGUGGAAGGAAGCUAAGACUGGUGGUAUGCUUUUUCAUUUUUUUUAAUCGGUUUACAAUUAAUUCUGUUGCCUGCAUUUUGGGGAAGGUGUAUUUUUGGCAAGAUGUCCAGAGAAGUCUGCUUGUAAGCUUGUAGCAGUUUUCUAAUUGCUAAUUUAGAAAUACCUGAUUAUUAAGAGACUGAGGGCUAGUAUGCACAGUAUUCUUUCUUACCAUGGCAUCACUUCCUGCAUGUUCAGCUGCAAAUAAGUUCAUGUCCACAUGUAGGCACAGCAGUGGCUAGUUGGAGGGGUGGGGUGAUCUUGGAAAGCCAUUGUCCUGCUUUUGCCUCUUUCUGGUGAACUUGACUUCUGCCAUGUAAAUAACCAAUCUCUUAAUUUAGUGACUUAAAUCUAACAAUUUGUAAGGGAGCUAACAGCUUCUGUGGUUAACUGUACAGACUGCAUUAGGCCUACUGCAGUCAGGAUAGAACAGCAAUCCAGAGGUAAAAUUCUUCAAAGAAAAUGUCAUGUUUUUCCACUUGAACCAGGAAGCAGUAGGGCAGAGUGUACAGCAUUCUUGAACUCUUCUUGCAGAAUGUAAACCUCACAUUUUAGAGUUUCUUUAACAACAAACCAUAAUCUGCCAUGGUGGAAAGAAUUAAGAGACAUCAAAGAAGGCAUGCACAUCUAGAGUUUAAAAGUUUAACAAAUUUGCUCACAGCACAUGCACUUGGCAGUUUCUUGUGAUGAUUACAAGAGUGCCUGCUGAAGAUGUAUAGACUGUUUUUCAGGAUCAAACGAAACCAGUUAAACUGGCAGAUUCUCUUUGCCUAGCACUGUAAUUUACUUCUUAAUUUUAUAUUGCCGUUAAGCUUUUUUCUAAGCAUAGAUUUGUGUUGCCCUUUGGCUGAACCAUCCUUUAAGUUUUGUUACAUUGUUGCCCUAGUACACACUUUUCAUAACUAAGUAUGGAUACCAAUACAGUGGUACCUCGCAAGACGAAUGCCUCGCAAGACAAAAAACUCGCUAGAUGAAAGGGUUUUUUGUUUUUUGAGCUGCUUCGCAAGACGAUUUUCCCUAUGGGCUUGCUUCGCAAGAUGGAAACGUCUUGCAAGUUUGUUUCCUUUUCCUAACACCGUUAAUACCGUUGCGACUUGACUUCGAGGAGCAACUCAUAGAACGCGGUGUGGUAGCCUUUUUUGAGGUUUUUAAAGACUUUGGUGAUUUUUGAAGCUUUUCCAAAACUUUCCCGACACCAUGCUUCGCAAGACGAAAAAAAUCGCAAGACGACAAAACUCGCGGAACGAAUUAAUUUCGUCUUGCGAGGCACCACUGUAUGUGAUUCAGAAACUUGUUAAAGGAUUGGCUUGCUUAGUGAUGAUGUUAAUACCAUCAAGCUGUUGAGACUUCUCUUUUCCUCAGCUACUUCCCCUCAACAUCAACAGAAGUGGGUCUGGGGGAAGAAACAAAACCUCUUCACUUUUUACUUUGGUCAUACAGGUGUAAAUGGGAGGUUAAUUCUUGUUAUCAGCAGAUUUAUUAGUAGUGGAAGGAGAUGCAGAGGUUAUAGGACUCUGCAUUUCAAUAGAUAUUAAGGUCGUAUCUUGACCUUGGAGCCUAUAAAACCACUAAUUGAAGGCUCUCCUGACUGCAGUUUUCCAGUUCAUGUGGCAAUGCAAUUUUACAGCCAAGCUAUUCAAAUAACUGCAAAUCUGAUAUAUUUUAAUAAAGUUGCUGUUCUUUCCGAGAUGUUUCUCUUUGCGGAAGUAAACCUGUCACUGUCUUCCUUUUCUCCUCUACAUACUCGCAUUGUUUCUUUAAAUACAAAGUUGCAAUCAGGGCUGUAUUUGUUCCUUUUGUCUUUGUGGUUGUUAGCAUGGUAUUUAAAGUUUCAUCCAUAACUUUCAUAUAAUCUGUGUUAAAUUUAAAUAUAUAUUUUUUAUCUAGAAGCCCUCUAUAAUUGCAGAGAGAAAUUUCAUAGUGAGGGUUGUGGGAAAGAACCAGAAAGUGGUUCCCCAGUUCUGUAGUGAAUCACUGCUCUUUAGAGCUUCCCCUUUUCACAACUUCUUCCUCUGACAUUGUAGGCAAGAUUUCAAAAUGGUGUUUCCCAAACCUGGGUUUCCAGCUGUUUUUUGGACUACAACUCCCAUCAUCCCUAACUUUCAGGACCAGUGGUGAGGGAUGAUGGGAACUGCAAUUCAAAAAACAGCUGAAGACCCAAGUUUGGGAAGCCCUGUUUUUUAAAAAUGAAAUAUAUGCCUCAGAAGGACAAAGCGGAUACUCCCAGUGUAACACAUGCACAAGGGUUUUCCAGAUUUUGUAUGUGUGAAAGCACACUGAUUUGCCUUUGUGGAUAUAUUCCAAAAACUCUGGCACUUGGAGAGUGUACACUAAAAUCAGCUGUGUGGGCUGUUUCAUACUUUAUAAAUGUUGUCCAUGGAGUUGCGGUAUAGGAAAUAAUAAGUUCCUUUUCAUUUGUGAAAUGUGUUGCCUUCAUUUUGCCAGGAAUGCAUGGGUCAGCAAGCAGCUGUUGAUUCAUGACCCCUGCACUCAAGGCAAAAUAAGCAUAACACACUUCAUAAGGUGUUCCUGCCCUCCCACCCUCAGUUUAAGUAUAAAUGAAUGGCUGUUUCCCUCACCCUCGUUGCAUUUUCACUGAACGUAGGGACAGUGCUUUGUGCUAGCAAGUAAAUACUGAGUCACAGGCUCAUCAUUCUAUUAAUCAAUUCAAAGCAAGAGUUAAGCCUUAUAUGAUACCAAGGUAACUUGUUCCUGUGUAAUGUAGGUGGUGCUGCCAGCAAACAUAUGAAUAUAUUGACUCUAAGUCUCAUUUUGUAACAAAAAACAUUUCAUUUGAAGUUGCCAAGCUAUCAAAAGCAUUAUCAAAGUGAAAUGAACGAAGAUUCACCUUGUUGAUGCAAUGGAAAGUAUGCCAUUCAGUCUAGGGUUUAUCAAUCCAUGCUAUACAGUCCUAAACAAUAUCUGCUCCAUGACUUUGAGUUACUGUUUCUAGUACUUUUUCAUGUAGUAAAAAAGAGACAUCUAUAGUCUGGAGCAGUGGUUGGCAAACACAUCUUUGGCUAGGAAAAAAAAGCUCAUGGUUCUCUAGUCAUGGUUUUAAUGUGUUAUCUCUAAAAUGCAAACAAUGCUUACCAUAAUAAAAGAGAAUCCCUUGCUAUGGUAUACUGGGUGAUGACUUUCUAUAGGCCUGUGCCACUUACAAUUAUCUUUGAAAGACUGAAAUGCGAAUUCAGCACCAUUUUGCAGAUCAGAUAUCUCAUUUUGUGUUUCCACAUUAACUGCCUCAUGUACCUGGACAUAGUUUCAAAGAGGAUAUGACCUCUAAUCAGUAACUAAACAUGUAAAUAUUCAGAGAUGUUAAUUCCAGCACUGAAUAUGUAUAAUUGUUGAAUAGAGUUGGCCACCUGUAGUUUUUCAUUGGUUUUGAGCGGGUGUGUGUGUGUGUGUUUAUGGCUAUAUUAAGUGCUGGAUAGCUUUUUUACUCUUCCAUCAUAGCUUGAUCUCACUACUUUGUGACCACUGAAUUUGUUAGUUUGGAGGUGAUGUGGCUGCACAGUUAUAGUGUUUGCCUUUAGGUUCCUGUUAAGGCUAAGAGUUUGCUGAAAUCCUAGGGUGCUGGGCAUUUUAAUUAAAGAAGGUUGUCUUUUAUUUAUUCUCCCACCUUUAGAAGUGAACUGGGGGAACAUGAGACAGGUUCUUUUCAGUUGUAGCAUUGUGUUUUUGGAAUUGCUUCCUGAGGGAGCCUGCCUUGUCCUGCUUGCUUUUCCCUAGCCUUUAAAGCAAGCUUCUAAAACCGGGGGCAGCAAACUUUUUCAGCAGGGGGCCAGUCCACUGUCCCUCAGACCUUGUGGGGGGCUGGACUAUAUUUUUUUGGGGGGGGGAAUGAACAAAUUCCUAUGCCCCACAAAUAACCCAGAGAUGCAUUUUACAUAAAAAGACACAUUCUACUCAUGUAAAGAUAUGUUGAUUCCCGGACCAUCUGCGGGCUUGAUUUAGAAGGCGAUUGGGCCGGAUCCAGAUGCUGACAUUUUAUUGAUUCUAUGAUGGUGCAGCAUUAUGUGUAUUUUUCUGCUGUCUUUAUAUUUCAUUGCACUAUUCUUCCAAAUUUCUGAAGUUCAGAGGUGAGUGCGGACAGGGAACCCUAAAGUAUUCAAGAGUAGAGUUUUCCUUUUAAAAGUUGGGUUGAAUUGAGGGGGCAUAGUCACUGGUAGGAUGACAGGUGUGUGAGAAUGAGAGAACCAAUGGAUGAACAAAUAUUUCUGAGUACUUGGUGAGGGCGAAGAUGUUGAAACUCAUGGUUUGGCCCCGGCUGUUGGGAGAAAGAUAAUCCCAAGAUCUUUCCCAAUUGAUGAAUGUUUGUGUGCAUAAUGUGAUUGUAGUAGUAAUAGUAAUAAUAACAAUAAUUGUUGUUGUUUUGUUGUUGUUGUUGCGUAAUGUGAUGGUAGUAGUGGUACAUAUAGUGGUAUCUCGGGUUACAGACGCUUCAGGUUACAGACUCCGCUAACCCAGAAAUAGUACCUCAGGUUAAGAGGUUUGCUUCAGGAUGAGAACAGAAAUUGUGCUCCGGUGGCGUGGUGGCAGCAGGAGGCCCCAUUAGCUAAAGUGGUGCUUCAGGUUAAGAACAGUUUCAGAUUAAGAACGGACCUCCGGAACGAAUUAAGUUCUUAACCCGAGGUACCACUGUAGUAAUAGUAAUAGUAAUAGUAACAAUAACAGUAAUGGUUGUUGUUAUUAUUAUUAAUUUGUAUGGUUAGAUUUGCAGUGCCUGCUGUGUCAGCAACAGACAGACUCAUAUUAUCUACAUAGAUCAAGCAGAACUGCAGCAUAUCUUAGUCACGUUCUUUUAAAAGUUCUCAUUGCAAAAGAGAAGUCCUACUUUUGAAGCAGGAUGCCCACAGUUGAAAUAAUCUAGGUCAGAAGCAAGGAAUACCCAGGAGUCUAAAGACUGUUCCUGGUACUCACCUUUUUAAAGUAAGUUAUGAACUCCUUGUAAAAAAAUGUUUCUGGGGAUGCUGAAUGAUUGUUAAAUGUUUUAUUACAUUGCAGGGGGAGCAGGGAGCAGACUCCUUCCAAAAAGUGCAUAACUCUAAAACAAAGGCAACUUCUUUAGCUUUCUUUGUGGAUUAAACUUUCAUAAUUCCUGUGGGAAAGCGGUAAUUUAUCAUCCUAUAAGACUAAUUACAGAGGUUAGUGGGAGGAGGAGGGAUAGGUACUAAUCCAGUCAGCGUAAUUACCAUGACCUUGAAUGAGUCCUUUGGCUUUGCACUAAAUUCUACCAGUAAAACUGAUCUGUUUAUCUAAUGCACAUAUGUAUCAAGAUUUGACAUUGCUUCAGUCAAACAGGAGUCAUCUAAAUGCAUGCAAAAAGAAAAUAAACUUCAGUAGCAACAUGCACAUUUAAAGGAGUAUCACUAACUUUGAUACUACAUAAAAAAUACCAUGGCUUGAUAGUUAAUUUAUUUGAUUAUUCGUGUUGGGACAAAUCUUGUAUCUGAUGUCCUGGUACUGUCAUAUUCCUUGGAUAUCCAAGAAGAUUGAGGAAUUCAAAGAAAAAUAUCUUUUUGCUUACAUUUAAGUAAGUAAUGUACCAGACUGUUUUUGCAUACCUACAAAUUACUGUUUUAUGGUGGCAUAAGUUGUUGUGAACAGGAGCCCACCUCAUCAGAUGUUUUGGUGCACACAAUUUACACUCAUGCACACAGGCAAGAGAAACAAAAUAUAAACAUGUCAAUGAUAUACAUGAUUACAAUGUCGUUUUAUGGGUCAAACUUAAUUUUUGCAAAUUUAUUCAGUGACAGGUCUUCAAAAUAUGUUUUUGGAUGUGAGGAAUUCAAAACUGCUAUUACUUUUGUGGUUGGACAACAUUUAGCUUGGUAAAUCUAUGUUUGAUUUAAAAGCGCAUAAACUGCUAUAGAAAAACCAAAGAAUUUUUACUUUACCUUCUAAAAAUGUCAGGUAAUGUUCUUAAAAAAAUAGUUUUUCUGCAUAAAACAUGUCCUGAGAAGUAUACAACAUUACCUUGUAAUCAUAAAACAACAUUAGGAAGUAAUUACAUCAGUUAAUAAGAAAUAUAAACAAGUUUCAUCAGGUUUUUUUAGUCAAGUUUAAGUCAAGUCAAGUUUAAAAUUAUUGGAAAUGUCACAAAAACAUUCAAAAGUAAAUAUGUAGUUAUUUGCCAAGUAAAACUAAACUAUAUUAAUGUAAACACAAUAUCAUUUGAAUUCCCAAGUAAGGUUGCAACUUUUUAGCACCCCUCAUUUUGGGAAUUCAAAAUUUGAAAAAUUCAAUAUGCCCUAAUUAUGUAUGGUGUCCAUGCUGAGGAAGCAAAACUUAUUUUAACAGUGCAGUAUAUAUCCAUAGCAACUUUAUUAUAACAAUUAUAAUUAGAAGUACUAGUAGAUUUCCAUAUUGAUAGACUAUAUUGAAGAAAAAUGCAGCCAUAACGUUCCCAACAUCCACUUCUGAAAUGUAAAAAUCCGAAAGGCUGAUGCAUUCUUCCAAGGUAUUUUUCUGUCUAAGACUACAAAAUAAAAUGGAGUACAGCUGAGUUUCUUACACAUGACUGUGCUGCCUCCUAAAAGGCAUUAAGAUUGGGUGAUGGUAGCAUAUUCCCUUGAACCUUGAUGUUGGCCAUAGAGUGGAUCUGUGCACUAGGGCUUCCUAUAGAACGAGUGAACGGGUGAAACGAAUUCCAGAAAACCAGAGAAGUAUGCUGUUAUGCACUAUUUAAAUUCACAGUCAGACAGUGGCUGGCAUUAUCUAGGUGCACCAGAUCUGACUACAAACAAUAAUUAUUCCUCUCUUGCCUGAGUGUGUUGUUGCAUAUACUAGCUUUUAAAAAAAUAAAAAAUACUAAAGCUUAAAAGAGUUGCUCAUCUUUAGAUCUAUGGCUUGCUAUGUUAGGCAUUAAUUAGUCUUCCUGAGCUCCAGCCAUCUAGCUGCUGAAUAAAGGCAGGAAGAGCAACUAGGAAAAAACAGUUUGAAGCACAAUGCAAAAUUCUUUCCACGCCAACAAUAAUUUCAGAAGACUGAUGGAUUAAAAACCUUCUACAUCUACCUCCUUAGUCUCAUCCUAAAAGGCAUGCACAUCACAGGUGAACCAUAUAUGAACCUGAAGCAUGUGUGAACUUGAUCUACUGUAUUUGUGUAAAUAAUAAUAAUAAUAAUAUCAAUAUCCAGUGAAUGUAUGACUGUGACCUCAGAGAUUAAAGUCUACAGCCAGGAAAGGUUUGUAGUCUUGUGUGUUCUUUCUGCCUCCCAGUGUUUUUUCAAGUGCUGGGGAGUUGGUGCGGAAGGGAAUACUUGAGGCUAGCUCCUGAACACAUACGAUCUCUAAGGAUCAAUUUCCUAGGAACAAAUUCUUUGUCCUUGCUGAAGAGAGUGAAUUUCAUCAGUGCUCCAAAGAAACUGCUGGAAUUUCCAGUACACUGAAGUAAAGUCAGAGCUAAUGCAUUACUGAAAGGUUAUUCAACCUCUGAAUGGUUCUAGAACAGACAUUCCCAUGGGUUGAGUACACUGAAAUUUAUUGCUAAUUCUGCAUAAGAUCUAAAGAAAAACGUCAGCGUACUUUAUACUACAGAUUGGCUCAAACUACACUUGGCUGGUUUAUUUGCAGCAUUGCUUCAUGUAACUAAGCUUUUCAUGGCUAAAUCAAAAGUAAUGGUAGUGAUUAAUUCUUGUUACAUCUACCUUAAAUGAAGAUGCAUCAUAAAAGCUGAUUGGUCAAAGCUCUUGAUGUAACAAAGUGAUUGUGACUUUAAAACAGGGCAGAGAACCUGUGACUCUUCAGUUGUUGCUGGGCUUAAACUCAGAACAUCCCUGACCAUUGGCCAUGCUGGUUGAAUUUGGAGUCCAUCAAAGUUCUUCACAUGUAGGAGUUUGCAUCUACGACGAUUCUCAGUCUAAUUAAGGCAGAAGUCAUUGUUGUUCGAUUUGUUUCAUUUCGCUCAUUUGUUUUUGUUUUGUUUAGUAUUAAAAAAUACUAAGUGGUUACACAAAUUACAAUUGAAACCACAAGUAGUGAAUCGAUACAUAACAGCGAAAUACACUAAAUAGCCAGGAAAAAAUUAGGCACAACAUUAAAUAAGAAGUGCUGAAACUAUGCCUGUGGGCUGUUACAAUGCUUUGAAGAAAAGGCAUAGUGACCCACAACCCUAAAGAGUCGCUAACAGUGAAGGCAAUGCUGGACUAGAUGGACAAACAUGGCAGCCUCAUGUGCUCCUUUCAUGACAUCAUUGGAAGAAAUGGAUAGGAUACCUACAAACUCAGUGAAUGAUUUCCCCCCACUUCCUUUAAGGACUAAACUCUUCCCAUGAAAUAGUUCAAUUCUUAAGUCCCAGCACCUAGUGUUAUUUUAGGAGAUAACUAUUGCAGCUAACCAGUGGUCACUCUCUCCUUUGCAACCAGCACAUUGACAUGCUCAGUUGACAUCUUACUGGCCAGCCUCUCUCGCUCUGACAGCUCAUACUUGACUGAGAACCGCAGGACAGGAGCCCUUUUGUUUGCGUUCUUGCCAGACAUGAGGUUUAAAUACAAUUCAAUACAAGGAGCCACAGCUGAAUUAUUAGUGGUAGUUAGGACAACUCCUGUGUCCACAUCAAGCCUUUCUGGUUUGACUAAAUGCAAACAAACUGAAGCUUCAAGGUGGGCGCAUUCGGUGUGCCUUUGAUGCUAGAAGUUUACAUUCAGUGACAUCGUGCUUUGUGGAACACGUUUUAUUUUAUUUACACAUAUCUACUGUCUCCCCAGCCUGGUAAAAUCAGUUUCCGGCUUGGCUUAUUAUCUCUAGCAAAGAUUAGAUGGCUGGCUGGCUGGGUCUGGGAAGUGAUCCCAGCUUCAUUAUAGAAAAUUGAUACAGCUGCUGGAAAAGCUUACCUUGAACUAGCGAUAGAAGAGGAAUUUGUUUCGUCCACAUUUUACAAAGGAGUAAUCUGAUAACCAGAAAUUGCUUAUGGAUCAGAGUGAAACUCCAAGUCACAUUACACAUUUCAUGAAAUUUGUGUUGUAGCAUUUGGUGAACAAAAAGUAUGUACACAUGUAUUAUUUAAUAUGUAUUGUAUGGAUGAGUACACUGAAAAGGGUAAAUUUUACGCAAGUAUGUUCACAAUGUGUACAGUUUAAAUGUGAACUUGUCUAUCCAGAAAAUGGGACAGAAUGGGACCUAUGAUUGAAUGCCAUAAGGCUGAAAUGGGAACAGGAUUAGGCUGUUCAGAUUGUCACUCCGUGAAACCCAGAAGAUCUGAGCAGCAAUAGGGUGCUGGGUAACAUCCCUUCCUUGGGCAAAGUGCUGGAGUGGGUGGCUGCUAGCCAAAUCUAAGCACUCUGGGAUGAAGUAGAGCCAUUUAAAUUGAGGUUUAGUUCUGCUUUUCAUAAUGAAAUUGCCUUGAUCACUCUGUUGGAUAGCCCUUGGGGGGGGGGAGUGUGACCUUGUUGAUUAUUCUUCACUCUCCAGUUUUUAGAUCUGAUUUAAAUCUUUUUAGAAGUCUGUGGCUUUUAUUAUGUGAGCCAUCCAGAUAAUUUCUUGUUUUAGGGUAGCCUAUAAAUAAUGUAAAUAUGUUGGUAGAAUUGCAAGUAAACAAAUCUCCCCCUGCCUCCAAGAUUGCUUAACUGUGCAGUUGUUUGUACCAAAGUCUUUCUGUUCUGAAUAGCCUUAUAUAAAUUGUCCCAGUUUUAGUGGCUUGGGUUAAUCUAUUUCAGUUGAUUCCAACCCAAGUUAAUGUGCACAAGUCUGUGAUGCUGCUGUGUGCCUUCUUAAAUAUUAGAACCAAUAGUCUCCCUCUUCCAGUUAGUUCAUGCUGCAAUUACAAGAUGUGACACCAAGUGUUUGCUUUGACAAAUCCUCUUUGGUGUCUCAUGGGUGAACUUGAAUCUAAGUUUUGUUAGAAGUGCUCUGCAGAGUGACAAUGCAUACUAAUCUCAGGAGUUAAUUGCUAUUGUCUAACAUAAAAACUUGUUCACACAGCAUCCUGCAUUCAGAGGUCUUCCAUUAGUCUUUCAACUUAGUUUUUGUUGUAGUGGAGUCUAGGGCCUGCUGACUAAUAAAGUCAAAUGCAGAUGGGAAUCAUGAUGAUUGUUGGGGAGAAUUCAAGCUGCUGUUCUCUUGUUCCUCCAUUAAGCCCCCUUCCAAAAACUUCGUUUCUAACUCUAGGGUUACCAUAUUUCAAAAGUUGUUGAGCUUUGGGGGGAGUGGAAGGGUGACAGAGUUGAGCCAAAAUCUACACUACCGGCAUGGGUUGCCAUGCACAGUAUGUAAAUUAUGCAUUUUUUUCUGUUCGGUUUACAGUACAGUGGUACUUUGGGUUAAGUACUUAAUUCGUUCCUGAGGUCCGUACUUAACCUGAAACUGUUCUUAACCUGAAGCACCACUUUAGCUAAUGGGGCCUUCUGUUGCCACGAUGCCAGAGCAUGAUUUCUGUUCUCACCCUGAAGCAAAGUUCUUAACUCGAGGUACUAUUUCUGGGUUAGCGGAGUCUGUAACCUGAAGCAUAUGUAACCUGGAGCGUAUGUAACCCGAGGUACCACUGUACAGUCAUACAGUGGUGCCUCGCAAGACGAAAAGAAUCCGUUCUGAGAGUCUCUUCGUCUAGCGGUUUUUUCGUCUUGCGAAGCAAGCCCAUUGAUGGGAUUAGCGGAUUAGCGCUAUUAGCGCUAUUAGCGGCUUUUAGCGGCUUUUAGCGGCUUUUAGCAGCUUAUCAGCUUAUCUGAUAAGCAGAUAAGCGGCUUAGCGACUUAGAAAAAGAGGGGGAAAAGGAAAAAAAACACCCAGGAACUCGCAAGACAUUUUCGUCUUGCGAAGCAAGCCCAUAGCAGAUUCGUUUUGCGAGGCACCUCCAAAACGGAAAACUCUUUCGUCUAGCGAGUUUUCCGUCUUGCGAGGCAUUCGUCUUGCGGGGCACCACUGUACCUCAGGUUGAGCGUUUUCAGGUUACGCUCCGUGGCGACCCGAAAGUAACAGAAUGCGUUACUUCCGGGUUUUGCUGCUCACGCAUGCGCAGACGCUUAAAAUGAUGCCACUCGCAUGUGCAGAUGUGGCGAAUCACGACCUGCGCACACGCGGACGCGGGUUGCAUUCGCUUCAGGAUGCGAACGGGGCUCUGGAAUGGAUCCCGUUCGCAUCCAGAGGUAUCACUGUACUAAAUAAGUCAGGCAAACAUACUAAAUAGGAUCCACUCAGGGCAUCAGAACCUUUUCCAAUUAAAAAAAUAUUGAGAUUUCACAUCACUUGCCUCAUAUGAACCACCACGCAGGGGUGGGCCUGGUUAAAAUCUGUCAUUGCUGAUGACUCUGGUCUCAGUAUUGGUUGAUUUUGAGGCUAAAUGAUUAGGAUUAAUGUGCUUUUAAGUAAACAUUCUUUCCAUAUGUACUUAGAUUGCACCACUAAUCACCAUAAAUACUUAAGCAAGCACUCACGACAAAUUUUGCAUCCUGCAUAAAGUAAAACAAAGAGCAGUUAGGCCACCACCCAGGCCAACGAAAAUUUCAGAGACCUGCCUCAGCUGUGCAAAUGCCAUUGUAGAACCUGCUGCUGUUUUGAAGGAAACACAUAGUUUAGCAGCCUGUUGGCUGGAUUGCAAUUCUCUCCAUUCCAGGCAACAUGAUUAAAAGUCUUUUCAUCUCCACUGGCUGCUGGUGGCAUAGAAACAGUAGUAAAGCAGACCAAUUAAACAAGCUAGACAUUAAAAAUGAAAAAUAAAUCAAUAUUGUGGUUGGAUGUGAAGACAUUGAAAAAACAACAACAACCCCCACCCUGGAAUUUUCCUCCUAUCUGUGGCCCCUUCCAGCCUUCAGAUUAAUGUUGAUUCUUGAUCAUUUAUUUUGCAGCUCAGUGGAAAUUUUUGAAAUUGAGUUUGUUCAGGGGAAAAAAAAGCAAACUUCACCAGGUUUGCCCUGGAUUGGGAAAAUGCACAAACUGUCCAUUUCAAUGAAGUUACUACAGAGCAGAAUAUGUCUUUGUGGAAAGCAAACUUGCAGCAGAAUUUGGCAGAAAAUGUCCAGAACAUCUAAAGAAAUGCCUUGAAGGCUUUUUGCAGUGGUGGUAGGAGAGUACAUACUAGUGGGAUGUCACAGAUGAACCUAGUAGGAGGUUUUUCAGCCACAUAUGAGAGUGAAACCUGCUAUUGGGUUAAGAAAGGACUUUUUUGUCCUCAGAUCAAAACUUCAGGCAGAAAGGAAGGAAGUUCAGUCUACUCACUCCCACGAUCCUGGAAUUGCCACUUCUUGUUUUGUGUAAUGUACGUGAUCUUUAAAUCCUUGUUGUAACUUCUGUUUAAUUAGAAGGUCUAACAUGUCUCACAUUCAGUUGGAACGUGUGUAUGUCUGGGUUUAUGAACAACUGUAAUUUUGUUUCAUACAACUGAUGUGUGUGAUGUGGGUUGGUCUUGACUUGAACACUUAGGCUAGGCUUAUGAAAGGAUGUACAACCCUUAGCUGAUGUUGGUGACUUAUUUAUUUAUAUAGUUUUUUAUUUAGGACAUUUGUGUGCUGCCCCAUGCGUAAUGUCCAUAUGCUUGGAUGAUUAGCAUAAGACAAUUGAAUGCUUUAAGCAGCCUGAUUGGACUCUGAUGUUCAAAAUGUUGUGUACAUGAUAUUGGCUAAGCACUGAUCUGUACUGCAGGACAUGAAAUGUUCUUUUCUGUGGUUCAUAUAUCUACCUGAACUUGCUUUAGGUAACAGGAACAUCUUGAGGGUGAGUGACUCAUUUAGCUUAUUCACUUGCGAAUAAAGUAUUUUAAAUGUCUCUAUGGCAACCUGUCUCCAGUGAUAUGCAAACUAUUUGAACAAUCCAAGGAGGAGCGAUACCUUUCCCUUAGUAAAGGGAUAAGCUUCCCUUAGUAAUGUGGCGAUAAGCUGAAAAGAUGGCUAAAAUAAACACUUCAGCAUUAAUGUUUAAACACAGCAUCCUCUUGACUUAAAGAUCUUUGUUUGAACAAGGUUCAUGCUGGUUCAGAACAAAUUUUGGAUGAAUUUCUAAUAGGCAUAGCUGACCUUGCAGCUUCUUGCACUUGGUUUUGCUGUAUACAUUUGUUAGUACCAUUCUAAGAAAGAAAAUUACAGUGGCUCACAGUAGGAUAGACCUUAUAAAUCCUUUGCAUGUUAUAAGUCAAAGUCCAGGACUAUUUUUGCACAAUGCAGCAUGUGAACACCCAAGGUUAACAUUCCAGACACGCCCUGUCUCCUGUUUCUCCUGGCACUGAACACUGUUCCACCCUCUCUUUCUGAAACGUUUCAUUUGCUUGCUAAUAUGGUCUUCAAACGACAGACAUUUGCAUUUGUCCUCCCCUGAUAUUUGAGUAAUUCCAGGUUGUUCAAGACCUGUAUGUGAAUACCAUAGUGUGUGGUAGAAAGGCUCGUUUUAAUCAGCCUACAGACUAGAAAUCAGUGUGCCCUGCAUGCAACUUUUGUCAGCUGUAAACAGAUUUUGCUUAAUGGAGAAACUACAUGAAGGCAAAGAAGGGAGUACAGCUUUUAUUUUAUAUUCAUUUCAGACUCCCUUUACUUUUCUGUAGUAAAUGGAUUCUGUAGUCUAGGAAGGCAAUUAAGACUGAAUGUUCCAGGUCUAUAGCAGGUACUUUGAAAGUGGGAUACCAUAGCUCAAGGGUAGAAAAAAUAUUUGGCUUCCCAAUACAGUAGAUGGAAGACUGCCUUUGAGCCCAAAGUGAUAAGGAGGAGAAAGGUGGAAAGAUCUCCAGAGGACAUGGGCAUAGGGAGUUGGUGCUUGGCAUUGUUUGAUAGUGCGAAUGAGAAGCUGCACAAGUGUGGAGAACAAGAGGUUUAUGGUAUGGAUUCUCAGACUUGCCUGCAAGAAUUCAAUUCAAGGGAUCAGGCUCCCUUGACUUGAUUCUACAGUGACUUAACAAUGUGUUCAGAGGACAGAGCACACUCAUAACAGACUGGUUAUAGAGGCUAAAGCCAACCAUUUAUCAGUUAAUGUGCAAGAUUGUUUAAGACAGAAGUCAUUCCUCUCAAUAAAUUUGUCAAGCUGCCCCUGAAAGAAGUCUCUUAUCCCAAAUAUUGAGCCUUUAUAAACGAAUAUAUUCUGCUCUGGUCAGACCUCACCUGGAGUACUGUGUCCAGUUCUGGGCACCACAGUUCAAGAAGGACACUGACAAACUGGAACGUGUCCAGAGGAGGGCAACCAAAAUGGUCAAAGGCCUGGAAACGAUGCCUUAUGAGGAACGGCUAAGGGAGCUGGGCAUGUUUAGCCUGGAGAAGAGGAGGUUAAGGGGUGAUAUGAUAGCCAUGUUCAAAUAUAUAAAAGGAUGUCACAUAGAGGAGGGAGAAAGGUUGUUUUCUGCUGCUCCAGAGAAGCAGACACGGAGCAAUGGAUCCAAACUACAAGAAAGAAGAUUCCACCUAAACAUUAGGAAGAACUUCCUGACAGUAAGAGCUGUUUGACAGUGGAAUUUGCUGCCAAGGAGUGUGGUGGAGUCUCCUUCUUUGGAGGUCUUUAAGCAGAGGCAUAUGUCAGGAGUGCUCUGAUGGUGUUUCCUGCUUGGCAGGGGGUUGGACUCGAUGGCCCUUGUGGUCUCUUCCGACUCUAUGAUUCUAUGAAUCUCUCUAUGCCAUUGUGUUUUCUUCUUUCCUUCCUGUGCUAAUGCUGUCCCUCCCUUCCCAAAGAGGAUGUGAGGCUGUUUUCUAGAAGUGUUAAGAAUAUUCCUGGUGUUGGGGCCAAACAACUUUCUUUCUAAUUUAGGCAAAGUAUUUGAAGGAAUCCUCCUCUGAGAGAACAAAGUAGUAAAUCACAAAUUCUCCAUUUGGGUCACUGGUCCAGUUGGUGUAUUGAUGUCUGGUUUAGACUGAGUUUCCAAACUUUUGUACCUGUAGUGUGUCGUAUAUGCCAAAACUUUUCGCUUUCCUUUCAUCAGGUUCAGGCCCUAGGCAGAGAAUAAUUUGUUGGUCUUACUAAAUAUUUGUCAUUUUCUUUAUAAUGCGUUACGGAUAACACUGAAACCAUCAUGGGAUACAUUAUUAAAUGAUUAGUCACCAAGUAUACUAGGUUUAUUGGUAUAGGUGCUAGUGUUGGUGUGUAUGUAUGUAUAUGUAUAUACACACACACACACACACACAAUAUUGAAGUCAAAUUAAUAGGCAUAUUUCCUAUUCGCAGAUUGUGAACCAUCGCCAUGCUGGAUCUUGGAGAUGAACUAGUCUCUCCUGAUAAAACCCUGCUUAUUUUCUUUCUGCCCCCUCAUAUUAGAUUCUCAAAGGGAACUGAAAAUUGUAAUGAAGGUUGAAAAUAGCAAACAAUAAUGAUGAAGAUUCUGUUCCACCAUCUAAAAUUGUACCCCUCAAGUUGAUCUUAUUUGGGGAACAGCAGCAGAGCGAAGCUGCUAUAGUGAAGCUCUUCAGCUCUGCUAAUUCAUAACUUCUGGCAUUGACAGUGAAUGUCGUUGCAUCUUUACUGAUUGAGUUCUCUUUCUCCAGGGGCAGCUUAGUUUAGCCUGAAAUUAUAUUGUCUUUUUGAACUGGUUCAGGCAGUCAUGUCUUGCCUGGUUAAGCAGCAAGUCUUGCUUGUGCAUGGAGCCCCUUGGUUCCUUGCUUUUUUGUCAGCUGCAGUUAAACCAGGGAACCUUUUAACUAUAGUUUCACAUUUCAUCCAAAGUAGGAAAACAAGGCUGCUAGCUUCAGUACAAGCCAAGAUGUUAAACCAGAUUCAAACCACAGUUUAGUAUAUUCACUUGUUCUGAAGCUGUAACCUUUUUCAGUCUGGAAGAAAUAACUGAAUAGUUAUAGUUAAAUAGGUUUAAUGGCAACUAUCAGCUGAAGGGAGGAGCAAAGGAGGUCUAUGCAUGAACAAAAAAACUUGCACAUAUGUUAGUUUAAUAGUCUGAGAUAAAAAGGUAAAGGUAAAGGACCCCUGUCAGUUAAGUCCAGUCGCAGAUGACUCUGGGGUUGCGGCACUCAUCUCGCUUUACAGGCCGAGGGAGCCGACAACUGUCCACAGACAGUUUUUCUGGGUCAUGUGGCCAGCAUGACUAAGCUGCUUCUGGCAAAAGCAGAGCAGCACACGGAAACGUCAUUUACCUUCCCGCCGGAGCGGUACCUAUUUAUAUACUUGUACUUUGACAUGCUUUCUAACUGCUAGGUUGGCAGGAGCAGGGACCGAGCAAUGGGAGCUCACCCCGUCGCGGGGAUUCGAACCGCUGACCUUCCGAUCAGCAAGCCAAGAGGCUCAGUGGUUUAGACCACAGUGCCACCAAUCUGAGAUAUGAUAGUCCAAAUGUGGCUGUUAUAUACACAUACUUGGAUGUAUUCACACACCACCUUCCUAAUUAAGGAAAUGUCUUUGAAUUCCUUUGUCUGUUUUGAAAUGCUGUAGAAGGGUCACUUUUAUCAGUAAAGAAAGACAUGCAUGAGACACACACCAAUGGAAGGAAUUAAUAGGUGGCUUUAAGGACCAAUUUGCCUUGUAUUCUCCUUCCAGUGGGCAGAAGGAGCAACAGCCCCCUGGAAGUGUGGUCAUGAAGCUUAGCUUAUCAGGACCAGUAGUAGGUUUGCAUUGGUCUGUCAAGCUGCAUUGCAGUGAGAGGAAGUUUUCAAGUUCUGAAGGCUCACCAUAUUCAUGGUGCAAGAGAGGGUUGUUUUUAUGAAGUACAAAGUUCUUUCCUCAGUUCUUUUCUUUCCAAAGUUCUUUUCCUCAACUCAUGGUGAAAGUGUGGUGGGCUUUUAACUGCUGCUGUUUUUAGUUUUGUAAUUGGAUUGUUUUAUAUGUAUUUUAACACAUGUUUUAUACUUCUAUUAUGUUUAUAACCUCCCUUGGGAGAUCUUUGCCCUGAAAGGUGGGAGAUAAAUUUCUUAAAUAAAAAGAUGAAAAAGCUACUUGUGUGUAACAUUAACUUCUUUUUCUCCAUAGGCACUUGCUGCCAAUGCCGGCACAGGAUUUGCUGUGGCUGAGCCUCAGAUUGCCAUGUUCUGUGGAAAGCUUAAUAUGCAUGUCAAUAUCCAGACUGGAAAAUGGGAACCUGAUACUUUUGGGACAAAUAGCUGUUUUGAAAGGAAAGAAGAGAUUCUGCAGUACUGCCAGGAGGUAAGCAAUCAUUCUUUGUAGCUGGUGCAACCUUUGUUUAGAUCCUGAUGACUCAUAACUUCAGCUAAAUUUCCCAACUGCAGUGCAGUCCCUUCCGCAAAGCACUUUGCCACAACAUAGAGAUCGCGAGGAAGUCCCACUUGCGACGUAGUUCCCCUGUGCAUGAAAACUCAUAUGCACUGGAUUUGUGUUACCCAUGUCUGUUCAGCAUUUUGCAAAGGCUUCCAUUGUAAAAGGUUUGGGGAUUGCAUUCCUUUCUCUGGCUAGCUAUUCUGAAGUAUUUGCAAUGACAUACAUUCUCUGUGUGUGUGUGCGCGCGCACACGCGUACACACACACACACACACACACACACACACAAUGCAUAUCACUAGUUGCCUUGUUACCUGAGGUAAGUAGUGAUAGUUCAACCAUCAUUUAGAUCCUGAUGACUGUUAACUUCAGUGAUAGUGCAUCAAUGAGCAGAAGUGACAAAGAAUGACUGUAAGCUGCAGGUUCUGGCCUUAAGGUUGCAGGUGCACUUGAUACAAUCUCAUUUCCUGUGUUUGACCUGGCCAUGUCAACCAGGAUACUAACCCCAAAGCCACCAUCAUGGCUGUGCGAGGUGAUUGGUGUUACAACAGCAGCAUGUUUUGGCUUCUUUAAGGUGCUGCAUUGGUAGCAACAAUCUGAUAGUGCCCACCCAAGCAAAUAGAGGAGGAAGCUUUCAGCAUAUGUGUAAGUCAUGCAUAUGUUCUUGUGCUUAGGAAGCAAAGAACCAGCAUCAUUGUGUUGGCAGUUGUGAAUUUUGGGAGAUUUUUUUUCUUGAAAGGUUUUACCCUUGAUAAAAUUUGAUUUUUCUGCAACUUCCAAGGCUGGAGUAUUUUCAAGCCCAGAAUAACUACCUUCAGGAAUUUCCUCAUCUGUAUAGGAGAUGGUCAGGUCUGAGUGGUGUUCAAUUUAAACAUAUUUGUGUUUAAUAUAACACCACAAGGCACAACCAGAAUUCACUCAUGCAAACUAUAGUUUGCUUAUUCAAGUGUAGAAGUAAGUUAUGGUUUCUGUUAAAUAAACAAUUACUUAGGAAAGCAGAAUAUGUGAAGUAAAGGGGGAAGGAGGAGGCAAAAGGGAAUGUGCGAGAAAAAGGGUUGUUCAUGUAAUGCCAAAUGGGGAUUUGGCAUUACAUGUGAACUGGCCUGUUGUUGACCUAGUUUCUUAUUUCGAUAAACAUAACAGGCUUUUUGCACAUUUUGUGUCCCUUAAGGAGUUAUCUUUCCUUCUUAAAAUGUUGUUUUUUCCCUGUCUCCUGCCAAGAGUCUAUCAAUUCUCCAUGUGUAUAGUAUUUCUUUUCACUUUUAAAAUAGAUUUAUCCAGAGCUUCAGAUUACAAAUGUGGUGGAAGCCAAUGAGCCAGUCAGCAUUGAAAACUGGUGUAAAACAGGCAAGAAGCAGUGCAAAGGCCACACCCACAUUGUUGUUCCCUUCAAGUGUCUUGGUAAGUACUUCCAUUGACAUGCCUGACUUUUGUUAGUCUCUAUUUCCUUUAGUUAUUACCGCCCCACCCCUUAUUUGCAUGUAGAAACUUCAUAUCAACAUUGACUGUGCAUAUUGUGAUCAUGCCAAUGGUGUUUCUUUCAGUAGCAAAUGUUAAAAAUAUUUAUGCAGAGAGUGCAUAGAACACCUUUUCUAUUUUUUUAUUCUGGCUGGUUUAAAUUAAUGGAAUUAAUAUGGUAAGGCUCAUAUCUGUCGUUGAUUUAACUAUGAUUUGUUUAGUUGAUUGUUACUUGCAUGGAGUCUUUGGGCAUAAGAUGAAACUUGAAAUUUUAAGAAAACGCAGUGGAUCUUUCAUAAACUCAAGAGUUACCCAAGAAAGGAGUUUUGGUUGUUCUUAUUUGUCAGGGUGGGCAUAUUUCAAGCUUAGGAAUUCUCCUUCACUUUUUCCUUGAACUCUGAGGUCCACUAGUUUGGGGCCAAGUACAGAAUAGAGAGAGAUGGUGGGAUGGGCAUAUUGUUAGAAUUAAGGAAUAGUGUACCAGCUUGCUAUGAACCCUGGCCUGAAAUUCCAGAGAGCCACUUCCAGUCAGUAUAUAAUGCUGAAGAGCCCACCAGUCUGAGUUAGUAUAAGGCCAUUUCCUACUUCCUUAAGCUGGAUGGCUCAAGUCUUGCCAGUAGAAUGUCCUUUGCCUUAUAAGCAUGAAAAGUCCUGUCUCAGUUGUUCUGGAGCAGGGGGUCAGCAACCUUUUUCAGCCGUGGGCCAUGUGGUGGGCCGGACUAUAUUUUGAAUUUUUUUUUUUUAAAUGAACGAAUUCCUAUGCCCCACAGAUAACCCAGAGAUGCAUUUUAAAUAAAAGCACACAUUCUACUCAUGUAAAAACACCAGGCAGGCCCCACAAAUAACCCGAAGAUGCAUUUUAAAUAAAAGCACACAUUCUACUCAUGUAAAAAUGUGCUGAUUUCCGGACUGUCCUCAAGCCGGAUUGAGAAGACGAUUGGGCCACAUUCGGCCCACAGGCCUUACGUUGCCUACCCCUGCUCUGGAGUCUCAUGAGAAGUACCUCUCACAAAUUGCCAGCUGAAUGAAUGGCUGUGUUAAGACUGCGCCUUAUAGUGCGGUAUUUGUUUUGCUGAUCUUUUAUGUCUCAUACCUGAUUGUAGUCUAUUCAGAUCGAUGCCCUAGGUUGUGAAAUGUGGUUUAAAGGUGAAAAUGAACAAAAUGGGGCAAUGCAUUGUAUCAACUCCUAGCUUGAGCUUUCCCCUGUGCCAGUGCAGGCAGGUAGUGGCCAUCAUUUCUAUGGCGUCCGAGGGGGGAAGAGUUUUUCUGCAGUUAAAAGCAAGACUGGCAGAGUGGGGACUCAUUACCUGGUGACCCCUGGCAAGCAACACAAUGGUUUGCCACUGAAGCAUGUCAUGGAAACAGUCUGUCUCUGCAUGGCCAUAUUGUGAGCGGCUUUUUCCAGUUUCCUAAGUCAGUCACAUGUACCAAUAUCCUUCUUUUUAAAAAAAUUAAAGUGAGCUCAGAUUGUGGGAGAUUUCUGAAAUUCUCUGCAGAGUCAGUAAGCAUAAGAUGUGCUUCUAGAGUGCUAAACAGAUGAACUUGGCCUGUGAAAGGUUUAGUUUUCAAUGAAAAUAGGCCACUACUGUGAUUGUGCUCCUUCUCUAUUUUCUGUUCAGCCUCAGUUUUGUUUCUUGUUUUUACAGAAUUUCAGCUGCAGGUGGAAACUUAACCUCAUACUCCUUGUAGAUAAUUUGCUUUGCUUUUCCUCUGGUUUCCCUUUUCCUAUGGCAGUGGAGAAUGAGGCGCAGUUGGCACUCUUGUUGAACUGUAAAUAUGUGAGACAAUAGGUUGAUGGGAGUGGGAGCAGAGCUAGGCUUGGUGAAGAAGAAAAAGCAGACUAUACGUAGACUGUUUGGUUAAGCUGCUGUGUGGACUAGAAAUGCCUCAUCUGCCUGGCUUAAAUGUGAAGUGUUAGCUCUAUUAGCAGUGUUCUUGAAGGAUAGACAUGCAUACCGCAGCUUGGGUUACUUCCUUUAAAACUACUGAUCCUUCAAUAUAGGAGAUAAUUUUAACAGGAAUGAGAAACCUCUUUAGUUGCACAGCUGAGUUGGAAUUCACGUGUGCCCUUUCUAAAAUUAACUUCAUUCACAUUGCAUUCUGGCUUCCAUAAGAUGAUAUACUGGAGACAUAUUUCUUUCCAGGUUCAUUGUCCUCACUGAGUAGAUAUGCAAGCCCUUGUUCUUGGCUCUGAUACCAAGUCAAAGUCAAAGCAGACUUUGGAACAGUUUAGAGUUGGCAGCAAGUUAAAUGAAACUGUAGUGGCAAAUAUUGUUGGGCUUUUUGGCAUGGAUGCCUUUACUGUACAUUGAAGCAGGUGAGAAAUGCUAGUGCAGUGUUUCUCAAGCUUGGAUCCCCAGCUCUUGUACUACAACUCCCAUGAUCCUUACCUAGCAGGACCAGUUGUCAGGGAUGAUGGAAGUUGUAAUCCAACAACAGCUGGAGAUCCAAGCUUGAGAAACACUGCACUGGAAUCUAUAAGUUUCUUUUUAUUGCAUUUAUAUCCCACCUUUCCUUCAAAAAGGACUCCUCCUUGCAGGUUUUUUCUUCUUCAGGAGAACAUUAUAAAUAAGAAAUCAGUGUUGCGUGUUGCACUGUGAACUUCUGUGUAAUGAUUCAAGACCAGGAGGCUGAGAGCCACAAGCAGCUGCUACAGAGCCAGUGUGAUGUCGUGGUUAGUCUGCUGGGCUAGAGAGAGACACCAGGGUUUGAAUCCCCACUUGACCAUGAAGCUUGGUGACCUUGGACCAGUCACUGCUUCUCAGCCUAGCGUACUUCACAGGGUUGUUGUGGUGAUUAAAUGAAGAUGCCAUGUACCCUACCUUGAGCUCCUUAGGAAAAAAAGUUGGGCUAUAAAUGCAAUAAUAAAUAAAUAUUUCCUAGGCCGUGCUUGCCUUUUGGCUACUUGGUGGUGACGUGCUUCCUUCUCUGGGCUCUGUUGUUGCACUUCUCCAUUUCAAGGAAGCCAAGGGUGAAUUCCCUUCUAUCACCACACUAGCUCAUCCAAGCAGGCUGCGUCAUUCUGGUGCUGUGGAAUAAUAUAGGAACACUUGCCUAAUACUGUUGGUUUCAGAAUUGCUUCUGCUUAUGGCAGGAAAUACCCAUUGAUCCCCACACCCUUGCUCCUUAGUCCCACCCCUCACUGCUGUGCUUUCUGCCACACGUCUACAUGUGGCAUAGCUUCUCUGGCCCAUAUCAUACCACUUCUGAUACAGGGGUGGUGAUGGAGAUAGUAUUUGUUAUCAGGGGACUCCUGAUUCCACUUCCUUUGCCCCACCUGAAGUGAAGUUCUGUGAGAUGAAACUGCAGCUACAGAAGCUUGUGGGGGAACACAGGGGGCUCAUUUUGUUGGCCUCAGGUCUGCUUUUGGGGCAUGAGGUGUGUUGUGCUACCUUGAGCACUGUAUGCUUUAAUGAGAACUGAACUAGCAAUGAGGGCAUCACCCCAGGCAGAGGCCUUUCCCAUCUUGCCUCUCACAGAGCUUUGCUGCCUAGAGAUGGGCAUGGGAGGGAGGAGAGGUUGUAGUGAGGACACCGUUUCUUGGCUGGCGAUCACAGUGAGAGGCGGAUCUCAUUCUGUCACUGGACGGUAGCAUUCAGAGGCGUACCUAGGCUCCUUUGCACCCUUGGCAAGGAGCUGUAUUGGUGCCCCUCAUGCUCUUGGCAAGGAGCUCUGCCAAGGCUCCUAGAAGAGCCAGAGUGGAGAGGUGCAAUUUUUGUGCUCCCCUGAACCUGGGCCCUUGGUGGGGGCCAACCUUGCCAUCCCUUAGGUACACCCCUGGUAGCAUGCCUAAAGAGCCUUGUGGUUCACCUUGCUGUUUGGGGGUAUAGCUGGAAUCCCAGUGUGGGUUGGGAGUCUUACCUCAAACGAAAGCAGGACUUUUAAUUAUUUUACUUUUUAUUUCUUUAGAACAUUUUUAUAUCCUACUCUUCAGCCAAAAAGGCUCUAAGAACAUCUUACAUACCAUCAAAACAAGACAAUACCUACUCAUAGGCUUACACUUAAAAAAACAAACCAAAACAAAAACCCACAACAUACAAGGGAAAACCCAAACCCAGGCACCAGUUUCUAACUAUUUGUUCCUAUAUGGACCAGUUGGCAAAGUUCAGGGGCAGGAGGCACCUGGUGGAGCUUGGCCUCCAGAAAAGCUGAUGGACUGAGUCUUCUGUUCCCUGUCUUUCCCACUGAGGCAGUCUGAUGGAAUGCCUGCCCCCAGGUGAGAGUUUGAAGGAGAGGAGUGAGCUCUGCUUCCCAGUUCUCCCGCUGCUGGAAUAGCUGCCACCACAUCGCUGUUUAUGUAUAGCAGGUGUGGCUCACCUGGUGGCCCUCCAGAUGUUGCUGGACUCAGCCAGCAUGACCCCUGACCAGGGAUGAUGGGAGCUGUAGCCCAGCAAACACCUGUAAUUCAACAACUGGCUUCCUAUUAGCUACUGAGCCAAAUGUUUUCCUUAAAGCAAAUUGGGACCAGGAUACCUAAGCAGGAUUGCCUCUCCUGGACCAAGCUGGUUUUUCAUUUUGCUUUUGUUUUAUACAGUGGUACCUCACAAGACGAAUGCCUCGCAAGACAAAAAACUCGCUAGAUGAAAGGGUUUUUUGUUUUUUGAGCUGCUUCGCAAGACGAUUUUCGCUAUGGGCUUGCUUCGCAAGACGGAAACGUCUUGCUAGUUUGUUUCCUUUUCUUAACACCGUUAAUACAGUUGCGACUUGACUUCGAGGAGCAACUCAUAGAACGCGGUGUGGUAGCCUUUUUUGAGGUUUUUAAAGACUUUGGUGAUUUUUGAAGCUUUUCCAAAACUUUCCCGACACCGUGCUUCGCAAGACGACAAAACUCGCGGAACGAAUUAAUUUCGUCUUGCGAGGCACCACUGUACCCUACUCAGUUUUAUUUGUGAUACACAGUUGUAUUUUGCAUCUAUCUAAUUUAUCUAGCUUUUAUUACACUUUAUUGAAACCUGUAUUUUUUAUUUGAACUGCUUAGAUUUUUAUUAAGUGGUAUAAAAACUUUGAUGGCAUAAAAACCUUGAUGGCAGAAAGUGAGGAGGAAUUAAAGAACCUUUUAAUGAGGGUGAAAGAGGAGAGCGCAAAAUAUGGUCUGAAGCUCAACAUCAAAAAAACGAAGAUCAUGGCCACUGGGCCCAUCACCUCCUGGCAAAUAGAAGGGGAAGAAAUGGAGGCAGUGAGAGAUUUUACUUUCUUGGGCUCCAUGAUCACUGCAGAUGGUGACAGCAGUCACGAAAUUAAAAGACGCCUGCUCCUUGGGAGAAAGGCGAUGGCAAACCUUGACAGCAUCUUAAAAAGCAGACACAUCACCUUGCCAACAAAGGUCCGUAUAGUUAAAGCCAUGGUUUUCCCAGUAGUGAUGUAUGGAAGUGAGAGCUGGACCAUAAAGAAGGCUGAUCGCCGAAGAAUUGAUGCUUUUGAAUUAUGGUGCUGGAGGAGACUCUUGAGAGUCCCAUGGACUGCAAGAAGAUCAAACGCAUCCAUUCUUAAGGAAGUUAGCCCUGAGUGCUCACUCGAAGGACAGAUCGUGAAGCUGAGGCUCCAAUACUUUGGCCACCUCAUGAGAAGAGAAGACUCCCUGGAAAAGACCCUGAUGCUGGGAAAGAUUGAGGGCACAAGGAGAAGGGGACGACAGAGGACAAGAUGGUUGGACAGUGUUCUCGAAGCUACAAACAUGAGUCUGACCAAACUGCGGGAGGCAGUGGAAGACAGGAGUGCUUGGCGUGCUCUGGUCCAUGGGGUCACAAAGAGUCGGACACGACUAAACGACAACAACAAAUAAAAACUUUAUAAAUAAAUAAUGCUUCAGCUGCCUUGGUUGGAGACUGCUGUAUCUUUUCAUCUUGUGACUUGAUUUGAGCUGUUAAAUGAACUCCUCAACAGAUUGCUUGAUAUGGUUAUAAUGCUGUUGAUAUUAUUAGUAUUAGAUGCUCUUAAUUGACAUAUUAGUAUGCUUUAUGCUUAUUUGAACUUUUUAUAUGAUUUGAAUAAACUGUUAAUUCAUUUGUCAAUGCUAAAUUACAACCUAUUAUGCUUUUUAUUAUGGUGUUUAUGCUACUGUGUUUCAAUUGUCUGUUUUCUGUGACCCACAGAAAACAUUGAGAUGUGUCCAAUGUUAGACCUACUCAGAGUAGGCCAGCUGAAAUCAAUAAAUUUGACUGGCUUAGACCUUUUAUUUUUAAUUGGCCUGCUCUAAAUAGAACUUUGUUGGAUGCAACCCAGUGAAUUUGUGAAAAAUGUCAUAUAUAAAUAAACUGACUGCUAUAUUUGCUUUUUAUUCAAACAUUUAUUCAACUGCUUAUUGCCUCAUCUGUUCUGCUGCUUCUUUAUUUAGUCUCAGCUUCUCCUAACUUUUUCACUCUUCCCUUUCUCUUGAAUAAUCUAAAACCCAGCUUAGAAGAUUAGUGGGACACAUAUGAUAUAGGCCCCAUGCAACAUUGGGACUCCCAAAUGCAUGAGGUUGAGCAGCACACUUGAAUGGGCCUCAACUCAGAAUCUCCCUGCAUGUGCAAAGUUGGCAUAAUACUAUUUGCGUAGUCUUGUAGUGUCCAGUGGACAUAAUGUUCCAUGUAGGACUUGGCAUGCUGUUAGCACUAAACAAGUGUUAAAAAAUAGCAUUAGUAAUAAUAAUAGCCAUGUCCAUCUUGGAUACUGGACAGUGAAGUGGUUCACAUGUCAGGCUAAGUCAUAAUGGCUCCAACAAGACUUUUUCAAGCCUAAUUAUUGGGGGUAGUACAAGCUUGCUGGAGUAUGCAAGCUGGCAAAGGAAAGUUAACUCUUUCCUCGCCAGCUGCACACUCCAGGAAGGUCCCUGUCCCCAACCUAGGCUUGGGAACAAAAGCAAAAAUAUCAUUUUCAAAUUAAUUACUGAGUGGGGAGGGGGGAAGAGUCAUUGUGUAUGUAUGCAGUGUGUGUGUGGUCCUGGCAACAGUUUCUCCAGUUUGUACAUAUACCUGCAUGCCCCAAAAGGUUACUGACCCCUGGCUUAGUUGUGAAUGUGACACAAUCAAGAACAAACUGUGGCUUAUUUCUGCUUAAAACAGUGUGUGUUUGUACAACAUGACGAGCCAUAAUAUGGCUUGGUUGUACUGCCCAUGCAGCACUUGUGAGAUGGGGAUGGGAGCAGAAGAAUGUUCAUUGUUUAAGAUGGACUGUGGCUUAGUGUGGCAUGUGAACAUGGCCAAUGGCUGUAGCCUUUAUUGGAGAACAGAGUACUGGUUGUUCCUUUCUGGUUAACUUUCUUAUAGUAUUGGGUGUUCAAAGAAAAAGUUGCUUAAGGUGCAGACCUAUUCAUACUGGGCUUACUCACAGGUAAGUCCUAUUUGUGUGACUUACUUCUGAGGAGACAUAUUGGAUUUUGAUGUCAAUCUUAAGUUUCCAAUUAUCUCCAAAUGCAUGUUUUACAAGCCUUUGCCAUGUCUUCUCCCUGUUUGAAUUAAUUUAAUAUCCUGAGCUCCUAGAUGAAAAUGAAAAUUCGUGCAGUUGAGAGGCCUUCUAAAUAUAGAGAUAUUUUAUCAUUCCUAUGGAUCCAGUUGCAUCUUUUUCUGAGACAUGAAACUUUAGUAGCAUCAACAAGGCAUCCUGUGGUACCUUAUAAGCUAACAAAUUUAAUGUAGCAUAAGUUUUUAAGGUUGAUGGUCUACUUCAUCAGAUGCAAGUAAAUGUCUCUAACUAGAAAGUAAAGCUUGGGACUUGUGUGUGACAUAUGAUUUUGCAGUUGACUUGUGCUCUUUCCUUCUUCACAGUGGGGGAGUUUGUCAGUGAUGUCCUCUUGGUUCCAGAAAAGUGCCGGUUCUUCCACAGGGAGCGGAUGGAUGUGUGUAAAAGCCACCAGUACUGGCACACUAUAUCAAAAGAGGUAACUUGGCUGCAAGAGAAGGAAUGCCCUGGCCUUCUCCCAUAAGAUCCCAUAAAGUGGUAUUUGAGAGAAAGCUUGAAAUACAGAAUUAGAAAUGCCUUUCUUCUUUCAAGGAGCAAUAGAGGGGAGGUCAGCUUGCAACGAAUUUGAAGAAUAUCUUCAAGUUACAAAGUUUUUGACUAAUACUGAGCCACCAAAAUGAAGCAAUUGAGAUCCUGGGUGUAAAUCAUUGUUCAGCCUGAUUUACUAAGCAAAAACAACAACCUGUUUUCCACAGAGUCAUGAUUUCACUAAGUUAGCAGUUUGAGAACUCCAGUUUGUGCCAGUUCCAUGCAAGCUUUGUUUGUUAUAACUGUGGAGUUCUGUUGACAUUUGACUCCCUUGCUACUAGGACAUAGUAGCCUAAUUGGGGCUUCAGGGUUCUUAUUUUGGAACACUGGAGUUUUUGGUCCAGGUUUUUGGAAGGCAGAUCUAUUUUCAGAUUUUUAUUUGAGCAUCAUCUUAACAUGCUUCUAAAGUGUGAUUCCUAGAAUGAUAAGGAAUAUUCACCCUUUCACUUCCUUGGUUUAAAGUGCAGAAGUAGUAUGUGCUCUUCAUAAAAUUACUUUGAAUUGCACAACUUUGGUUUCAAGCUAAAUUGUGCAUUGCAUUGAUAUGUAACUUUGCACCAAGGCUAUUGAAGUUAUAAAGCCCCAACCCCUGCUGGAAGGUCUAACUGAGUCAGCAACAAGUUGGUAUCUUACUUCUUAGAUGUUAUGUGCAGUUUCAGCUUCCAGGCAUGGACCUUCGUCGUCUGUUGACAUUCACUGCCCUAUCCUGAGUACCACUUCUAAACAAUCAGCAAUUUUAUGGCAGAUGAUUCUAGUGACCCUUUGCAACCUAGGCUAAGAUGCAAUGCUAUACAAAUCUGUAUGUCAUCCUUUAAUUGUGUGGGUGAUGUAAGAGGUUCACGCAUUAAAACAGUCAAGAGAUUCUGUUCUAACCCAUUGCUUUUAAUACUUACUCCAGGCCUGUUUGACUGAGGGGAUGAUCCUGCACAGCUAUGGCAUGCUGCUUCCUUGCGGAGUAGACCAGUUCCAUGGCACAGAGUAUGUGUGCUGCCCUCAGGCCAAAAUUGUUGAUGAAGCUCUUUCCAAGGAAGAGGAAGAAGAGGAGGAGGAGGAAGAGGAGGAGGAGGACGAAGACUAUGACAGUUACAAAAGGUAAUCGUUACAAGCUCAUUUCGCAUUUUAUUGCAAUGUUUUCUUCCCAUUGGUUGGGCAGAGAAAAGCUUUGUAAGGAUCAUUGGGAGACGUUAGGGCCACCUUAAGAGCAUAAACAUGGGCUGGGAUCCUGCUAGCUUCUUACGAUCCAUAGAUCAUUAGCAUUGCUGCAUGGGGUGUCUUGCCUGGUUCAAAAAAUGGGUUUUAUUUUUGUUGAGCUCAAUGUUUUGAAAUUCUGUGCUCCUCUUUGCUUCUCCCCCUGCCUCCUCCUGGGUCUCGUAAGUGUGGGUGGGCAGGUUGAAGGUCAUGGACUACAGAGGUGCUGUGAGUCUUUGGAAAUAGAUCCAUAUAAUAAAACUUAAGAGCCCAUCUUGGAGCCACUUCUACAAUAGCUUGUGUAGAUGCAAUAGGGUAGUUUCCAGAAUUGAAGUUGGUUGUGCAUCCAUUCUUUUCUUCCAAUUCUUUUAAAGUUGAGGUGAGGAGACCCAAAGCCAAAUCACUCUGCACAUUCAUGCCUGCAAACAGCAGUUGGUUUGCAUUCUAAUUGUAUGUAUCUUUUUUAGUGAGUUCCCCACUGAGGCAAAUACAGAAGAGUUCACAGCGGCAAUAGCAACAAUGGAUGACGAAGAGGAGGAACAGGAAGAAGAUGAGGAAGAAGUGGUGGUAGAUCGGGAUUACUAUUAUGAUGGCUAUAAAGAUUACAAUGAAGAGCCUCCGACAGAACCAAGCAAUGAGAAAUCGCUUGCUGAGAAGGAAAUAAUGAGUGAUGUGAAAGGUAAACAGCCACAUUACAGCUUCACUCAGCUCUUCUUUAUUCCAGUAGCUGUCAAAUUGAUCUUGCCAAUCCAUAUGUUGAAUGUUCCACUUCUAGUCUAGUAGCCUUUUUCCUAUUUGGAUGUUUUAAUUGCCAAAUAGGUCAGUGGAGAAGAGCUUGUAUGCCAUUCAUUAGAGACUAUUCUCUUCCUUCCCCCAAAUUGUGGGACAUACAGUGCCUACUUGCCAAGUGUAUCACUGGCAACUCUUACCUCUGGCACUCACUCUUGGGACAACUUUGAAAUAGCUUUCUGCUAUCUAAUUUUGGAAAACAUUGCAAAUCAAAACAUUCUUGUUUUUAAAAUAUGGGUUACUUGGGUGAAAAGUUAUUCAGAUUUUCUCCUUCAUAGAAAAACUAGGAAGAAUACUAUCAAAAAUGAUCAAAUGGUUUGUCAUUUAUACAUUUCUAUGUAUGCUACAGUUUAUCCAUCAGUCAGCCCAUCUAUCCCAAAGUGGGGCAAGCUUAGUAUAAGCAGUUCUGCUUUUGGCUACAUGCUCUUAUAGUGACAUUUACAGCAGGCCAGUUAACGGUAUCGGCAUAAAAUGUAGAUAAAUUCAGAUUGUCAAACAGAUGCCAGCAACUCCUGUAACCUUGCAGGUACAAACUCUUUGGUAAGCUUCCAGAAUACUGUGAUUUCACUUGCUGGAAGUAAAGCUUAGUAUGUGUGGAAGGGCCACCUGGGAUCUGCAUGCUUUCCUAGCUGGUUACGCUUUCCCCCUUCAGUAUGAUACCUUCAAGAUUUCAAAUUGCACCAAGUAAGCACUCUUCCUCAAAGAACAACAACCUGAAAACUACAAUUGAGUAGUCAGACUUUUUUUGGUGGUUGGGGGGGCAGGGUUUGGGGAAAACAAACACACACGCACACACGUAAUUUUUCUGACUCAAACAGCUGUUAGUUAGUCAGUGUCUCCUAAAGCCUCUCUAAUGUGAAGCAAAUGGGAUUAAGGUGCACCAGUUUUUGUGACUGAUAUAUGUCAGUUCCAAAUUUUUGACUUCUCAACAUGGUGCAAAUAUAUAGCCAAGAGGAAGCCAUGCAGUAGGAAAUGCUCUUGAGGAAUGAUGAAAUGCUUUAGCCUCCUUGCUUCUGCCUUCUGUAAUUGUUCCUCAGAUGACAAAAUACACUUUAUGACAAAUACACUUUUGCUAUGUAGAAGAGCAAAUUGUCUUAAAUUUAUAACAUUUAUCAGCAAGUAGGCUUUAAAUUCAAAAGUAACUUUCUUCCACGUGCGUAGCAUUAAUAGUCAAAUUGUUUCUAAGCUUCCAUUCAAAUAUGUUGGAGUACAGAAUGCCAUCCAUAUUAUGUGGAUGUAUUUCAAUGCUUGAAAGAAUUCACAUUCCCCUCCUAAAUUUACCAUGUUCGUUCCAGGUUUAUCGCCAUAAGUGAGAACUAGGGCAGAGCCUCAGCUUUUAGGAACUUCUAACCCAAUAAGACAUGAAUGAUUUCACUCUUCUGAGGUCCCUUGAUCCCCUGGUGGUGGGAGUGGUUGAGGCUACCAAAUCUGCUACCAUAUUGAAGGUCUUUUUCUUACAAUGUUCUAGGCUUUUAACCAGUGUGGCCUGGCCAUUUAGGGGACACCCGCACACCCACACACACACACACACCCACACCCACACCCACCCACCCACCCACCCCUGAAUGAGGUUAUGGGUUUACUUUCCACAGUAGAUGACCAUUUCAUAUGCUCAAAGCAGUAUUUGUGGAUUCUUCAGACAGUCAGUUUUCCAACUUGCACAAUUUACCUAGUUUCCAAAGAAAGGUGCUGAAAGGUGGCAGACACAAAGCAUUAGCUGUGGUUGAGAAAGGGAAGGGCUGAGCUGAAGGAACUGAGGCAGCAAAGGAAAUCCCUCGUCCACCGAUAUUGUCCUUUCUGGGAAGCAGGAAGAAUAAAACAUUUUGCCACAUAACCUGCCUAACCUGGUUGCUAACCACAGAACGUCUUUUGCUUGAACUGAAUGGAAGCUUUGGGACAGUUGUUUGCAUGGUGCAAUGUGGCCUAGAUGUUUCUGUGCUGCAAAAUAUUUUCUUCUUCCUACUUCCCCUUUGUGGAAGUGGCACAGAUGAAGUUGAGCGGGAUAGCAUUAUCAUCAUUGGGCCUACUUUUGGCCCUGGUAAACAGAUUUUUCUUUUCAGUGAUGGGAAAACUGGAAGCUUGUGGAUAAUGGAUCUGUAGCACCCCAGGCAAAUGUCAGUUCUUCAGCUAAGACUAACCUAGAGCCAUCGCUGCUGUUGUAAUAGCUUAGCUAAGCUGUGCUUGUCACCAGCUGAUGCUUUAACCAUCUCCCACACAGCUGUCUGCUCCCAGGAGGCGAUGACAGGUCCCUGCCGGUCUGUGAUGCCUCGUUGGUACUUCGACAUGUACAAGAAAAAGUGCAUUCGCUUUAUAUAUGGAGGCUGCGGAGGAAACAGGAACAAUUUUGAGUCAGAGGACUAUUGUAUGGCUGUGUGUAAAAAGAUGAGUAAGUCCUGCCUCCCACCUGCCCUCUUGCAGCAAGCUGUUGUCCUGUCUGUCUUCUCAUCCUUGACCAGGUCAAGGAAAGAGCUGUGUGUAGCCUUGUUCUAUGAAUCCUGGUGUCUGCUGAAACACUGUCUGUCCUGCAGUAGUCUUUAUUGUCUGUGCUGCUUUAGGUUUUAGGUCCAGCUUAUGUUUCUGCAGCUUGGGAAGACUGGCUUCCCCUUCACACACUGGUCUGCUUCUCUAAACGCAUCUCACCUUUGCAAGGUCAAUGAAGGCUCAAUUGAUCCCUUUCUACUUUUUUCAGUUGGAAUUGAACAUUUUUGUUUCUUAAAACUGCUGCCCUUGUUCACCUCAGCUGACCUCCUUUCUUACUCCCUUCCCAUGGAAUCCUGCAUCCUUUCAAACACUUCCUCCAUAUGUAGCUACUGGUAUGAGAUACACACUGGUACUCUCCCUCUCCCCCCACCCUUUUUUUGAAUGGAAGAUAACUGCUUCAUUUUCUGCACCAUUAGAAAUAUGAGCUACAGCUUGAUUACUCUAUUUGAUAGCUUGAGGCUUUUGCCUGCUCUCACAAUAAAAUAUCCCCCCCCAAAAUUAAGUUAUUGUUAAAUUCCAGCACUUUCCUUUUUGGCUGUUGCAGAGGCCUUUUGAAAGGCUUUUUUGUGCUUUCUAGGGCUUGGCAGUCUGUCUAUACAGCAGUAAUCCUGUUUACAAAAUGGGUUCCAUGCAAAUGCUUUUGAUUAGGUUGAUCUGAUUGAAGUGGUGGAACAAAAGAUGCGGAUGUCAGGAGCUUUUUGGACAAAAGUUCAUCCCAUCCGAGAAGGAUUUGGGGGUGGAAAUUGGAGCCUCCAUAUCAAAGCCUGAUUCAGAAACACUAAACAGUAUGCGACAUAUCCAGUCUUGGCUUCCAUCUGCAGAGAGAGAGAGAAUGCCUUUUUACAUGUGCAAUGUGUGCUGUCUUGCCACUGUUUCACUUAAUGCUUACCAUGUUGAACUAAAAAUGUUGUGGGUUCAAGUGCUGUGUUGCGACUCCCGCUCAGGGCUUUAUACAAGGUAUUGGAUGAAAUGUGCAGUUCUGUGAACAAAAUCUUUCUGCCUGAAAGCAGUUCAAUUUGAUAUGAGAUUUAUUGACUUCAAAAUGGAUUGAUCCAGGUGAUCAGAAUUUGUGAUGAACUCAAUCUUGCAUAGAUAUUGAGUGAUGGCUCUCAUUUACUUAAAGUAUAUUUUUAUUUCCUUAAAACAUUAGUACCCCGUCUUUUUACCAAAUGUAUGCAAGGCAGCUAAUCAAAUAAUUGAACAAGAACAAUAUUUUGAGAAUAGCUUAAAAUGCUUCGGGAGGAAGAAGAUAGAAGCCCAAGUAGAUAUAAUUCUUUGUCAUCAUCUUGGGGUGGGGUGGGGAUAUCGGAAUUCAAACUCUGGAAUGCAAGCAUUGGUUGCGACAACAGGAAAAAGUCCUGUCCCCGGUGACAGUAUUGGUUCAGAUAGCAUGGGUACCAGGAGCAGGACUAUUGAUCUCUGCACAGAAGCAGGUUUAUAUGAGAGACAGCAGUCCUUCAGAUAUCCUGGUCCUAGGUGGUUUGAUGAUUCCUAACACUAAUUGCUCUUUGCUUCAAAAUGGGUCAGGAUGCAGACCAUGUCCCAGCGAUAAGCUGGAAAAGGCAUAAACAAUAACCUGUCACUUAAAGAUAAUACUGUAGCAUGAACAACUGUUAGGAAAGUCCUAAUGGCACAAAUAUGGUCUAGUCUCAUCCUUUCCACUUUGGAAAGCUGUCCAAUUUGCUGCAAAGGCAAUGUUUUUACUGUGCCUCUUUGUGCUUCGUAGCUCUCUCUCUCUCCCCCCCUCUCUCUCUCUCUCUCUCUGUGUGUGUGUGUGUGUGUGUGUGUGUGAGAGAGAGAGAGAGAUGCCAUAUCACCUGAUAAAGCUAUUGGGGGUAAAUGAAGUUUGAAGUGUGUAAAUCUCUCCUUGGGGACUGAAUAUCUGAAAAAUCUGGACAUUUCUGCACUAACGAUCUGUGGGUAGUUUCACUGAGCAACAAAUGUAUGCAGCCUUGCAUAAACCUCUUGCGAGAUUAAAAGCAGCAUUCUAAGCAACGGUUUGGUUACUGAUCCUGCAUAAUACUUGCCCACUGUUGGAGAAUGGGGUGGUUUUAGAGAUAUCCCAGUAUGUUACUUGUCUUCCCGUAAUACCGUGUGAGGUGCUGUAGAAAAUUGGCAAUUGAUAGAAGCGAGAAAGGAGUUCUGGAAGGGAUUGUUAAAGCCUGUUUCUGAGAGGGGAACCACUGGCAGCAUGUUCCCCUGCCCUGGCACCCUUAGGUACAGCAGCAGCUGACUGAUCCAGGGCCAUUGACACAACGGGUCCUGUCUUCUGUCAUCUCCCCAGUUCCUCCUACUCCUGUGCCUACUGAUGAUGUGGAUGUCUACUUUGAAACACCAGCCGACGACAAUGAGCAUGCCCGUUUCCAGAAAGCAAAAGAACAGCUAGAGGUUCGACAUCACAACCGCAUGGAUCGGGUGAGCCUCCUCUUAAACUCUAGCAUGGCUGCCCUACUCUGCAACCUCAUUGUGCCUAGCCAGCUGUCUCCAAGCCAUCGACUUCAGGCUUUUGCUUUUUAGUUGGGCCAAGUAUUUUUUUUUUAAGUUAUCUUUUUGGAUAGUAAAAGCAAGAAACCCUCCAAGCCAAAUUGCUCCCUUGAGAGCCUAAAUUAGAAUUGUCUUUCCACAGCAGGAAUUUUUCUCUGCAGCUUUCUGUUAAACCUUUAACAAAUAGUUUUUGGUAUUUUUGUUUUUGUUUUGUUUUUAAAAAAUAUGUUUAUAUUGGAAGCAGCUGUGGAAAUUGUAUUUAGUGGUGUAUUAAAUAACCUAAAUGAACUUAGUGUGUUACAUGUGGAUCAGUCACACUUGUCCUCACGGACCAGAUUUGUGUCUCUUUCUGACCUGUUUAGGUGAAGAAGGAAUGGGAAGAAGCAGAGCGCCAGGCUAAGAAUCUCCCAAAGGCCGAGAGGCAAACUCUCAUGCAGGUAAACUAUCAGAGUGAAGUGGGUUGUUCUCUCCCAGAGCAUGAAUGGAUGGGUGGCUUUUACAGUUUCCCAACAGUCAGAAUAAGACCACUAACUUAAACUGUUUUUGCCAUCCAGCUGUUGACCUAGGGAUGUCUUGUUUCUCAUUCAUGGGGUUAUUUUUCCAUUCUUGGAUUCAGUGCUCCUUAGUACCCACUGCUCUUCUGGCUGGUAGGAGAAGAUGAAAUCAACCACUGAGCAUGUUGGUGGCUUGUGAAAAUAGAACAGUAGAAAACCAGCCAUGUUUGCUUCAGCUGAGAGUGCUCAGAUGUGGCCCAUUUGAAGAACCCACAGAUCUUAUUUGUUCAAAACUGGUGAAAACCCAUGAGGAUGAGGAAACCACCUUCCUGGUAAAAUAGUUUUGAGAAUAAAAUCUGCUGUGGCUUUUCGUUGGUUGUGUCCUAGAAGUUGGUUCAUACCAGCCGAGAAACAUGUAGAAAACAGAGUGGUUUGCAAAUGAACAAUUCCAAAUUGAUUUUCUUCUAUUAUCUUUUUAAAAUUGUGUUUGCCUUUAUUGCCUUUAAAUUGGUUUGCAGUGGCAUAAGCAAAUUUGUUUUCUCUUCAUGGCAGAAAAUCACAAAAUGCCAUUUUUUCUAAUUUAGCCUUAUAAAAAUGCAAAGUUUCAUACAAGCUAGUAGCAAAAAAAUGCAGUUUCAUACAAGCUAGUAGCAAAAAACCACCAGCCUCCUAUUCUUCUAAAAUUAAACUGCUCAAUCACUUCAUCCUGGAGGAUUGUAAGGUUGAGGUUUGGAACCUUAGGAAGUAGUUAAGGUGCUGGACCCUCAGUUCAGACAUUAUUUAUUUACAGUAUUUAUGGCCCACUCUUCAUUGAAUGUUUUCAAUCCCAGAGCAGAGAACACAUUAAUAAAAAUAAACAGAGAGGAAGAAUAUACAAAAAUGACAAAAUCAUAUAAACAGGACAAAUAAGCAACUAAACAAUUCAGUUAUAAGGCAAACAAACAAACUUACAGCAACAUAAAUUAAUAUUUCCAAUUUAACAAAAUAUGGACCUCACGGUCAGCAGGGCUGCCAAGUAGUGAUACUCGGAUGGAUUUUCUGGCCUACCCCAUCUUUCUUCUCCUUACUAGCUGGUAGAGACAGGGUCUUGAAAACAGCGCCUUAGCAGAAAUGCAUGGGUUCCUGGAGAGGAGAAAGUGGCUGUUCUGCUUCUCCAAUGUUGUGACCACCACCUCCUCUCUGAGAGGCUGUACAUUCGCACUAAGCCAUGGUUUGGCCUUGGACUACAUUUGAAUUGAGCCAUUGGCAGGCUUUUGGCAAGCCCUCAACCUGUUUGCUGUUACUGAAUAGGCAAAUGGUCACCAGUACUAAAAUAGUUAUUCAACUCUGUAUCCUGAGAGUGACUGCAGUGUUAGAUUAUCCACUGACUGCAAGGUUUUUUGCAUUUUCUGUUCCAAACCAGUUUUGGACUAAGUUGCAAAGACUGCUACUCCACCUGCAGAAUACACCUACCAUGAUAUAGAUCUGUCUCCCAGGCGUCUUUCAGGUGCUGUCUGACUAAAUGCAUCUGAAAGUAGCUAAUCAGAAUAGCAGUAAAUAAUCUCUUUGCCACCUGUUAACUGCACCAUUUUCCUUCUGCAGCGAUUCCAGGCAAUGGCUAAAUCUCUAGAGAAGGAAGCAGCCAGUGAGAAGCAGCAGCUGGUGGAGACUCAUCUCGCUCGUGUGGAAGCCAUGCUGGAUGACCGCCGUCGCAUUGCCCUGGAAAAUUACCUAGUUGCUCUGCAGACCGAUUCUCCGCGGGUACAUUCCCCUUGGGAUGUUUCAAGUACAUGCAUUAAAGGGAAGGCCAGGAGUGUCUGGAAGAAGUGCAAACAUUGACAGCUAGUGGAAGAAAAGGGUGGGUGGGUGGGAAAAGAGGCAAUAAUUGAUUGAGCAGCUGUAAGGUAGGCAUUCUGGGUGUAUAGCAUUAGUAUAAUGGCUGCUGAAUUUUCCUGUAAAUCUGAAUCCUGUCCAGAUAUGUUUUGCCUGGCCUAGCUCCAGCUUCUUGCCUGUGCUGCUGCUGCAGCAGCUCAUGUGCCUUGUGCUUGCUAUAUCACAAUAUUUUUGGACCUUAAGGGGCACAGUUGAAAUCACUGGACAGUCUUCCAUUCUCUAUUGGCUCACCAGUUUGGUUUAACUUCCUACAGCCUCACCGUAUCCUGCAAGCCCUGAAGCGUUACGUCCGGGCAGAGAACAAAGACCGCCUGCACACGAUCCGCCAUUACCAGCACGUUUUGGCUGUUGAUCCAGAAAAGGCAGCGCAGAUGAAAUCGCAGGUACAGAAUAAUCUCUGGGAAACAUUUUGUCCCACGUUUUAAGACCCACUCCUAGCUGGGUGUUGCAGUUUAUCUCUUCUGCCUAAAUGUGCAGACUUUGAGCUGGUUUGGACAUCACAAUGAACCAUAGUCCUUCUGUGCAUUUUUGGUAUUAACAUGGGAUGUGCCUGUUAAACAAAAAUAGUGCCUAUUUACAUUAACCAGAGUUACACAGCUGGGGGCGGGGGUUACUUUUGGGUGCCAGCUGGAACAUAUAUGAAACAUGGCCACUUCUUGAACUGACAGCACCCAUCCAUCCCUGAUGCAUCAUUUAUUUUGUUGUGCCCAUACUGACUCUGCACUUGUCCUGCUGGCUUGUUGACUGUAACCACUUUCUUGGAUUUCUCAUGCAUCUUUUGCUUUUACUACUUGCCAAAACCUUCUCCCCUUCUUAGUAGAAGUAUAGCUUGAGUCUUGAGGCAAAGCAUAGAAGCAUUUGCUCACUUACCCAAGGCUUCGUUUUUGAGGAGCAAAUUUUCCUCAUUCUUUUCAAUAUGGGGAAAGGAAAUUGUAACAACUCUCUCAUGCAUUUUCCACCAAGCUACCUCUCUGAGUAAUUUUGCGUUCCUGUUUUAAUUUUUGUUUCAUAGCCAGGAUUGUCGUCUUUGUGACUGAGAGGGUGAGAAGGAAAAAAGGGAAGGCAUUAGAAGGCCUUGCCAAGGUCAAACAAGGUCACUAGCAGAGCUGGAAGCCAGUUUUCUGUAAGAUGGGUGCCUUCCUGCUAGACAGCGCUGCUUCUGAGCUCUGCCAAGUGAUGUUCUUUCAAAGAAAAGAACUGCCAAAGGUGAUAAGUGGUUAUUUUGCGUUGAAUUCAGUAACUUACAUUGUCUGCUUGAGAAGCAGGACUGGAGCAUGAACCCAAUUUCACCCAGCAGCAGUGGAAAAUGCUUUCCCAUUUGCUUAGAUUGCUUAGUUUGGUAAUGCUGAAAUCCAUGCUGCAGAUCUAAGUGUAUUCACAUUUGUACUCUCCAGUGCUGGGGAGUUUUCUGAAUGUUUUCCCUUUAGUCAUUUGACUGACAAAUGUUUCCCUAUUCUUUAGUUUUGGCCCAUCCUACUCGUAUCCAAGUAGUGUGUCAUGCAAACUUGUCUUCCCAGGGGAUGGAGUCCUGUCUUCACACAGUCAGCUCACUUGAUUGAGCAGUGUCCCUGCUUGUGAACUGGAGGCUUAGGCCACGAUGGGCAGGUUGUGUCGUUGACCAAUUGACAUGCAAGGGACAUGGGUGAUCCCUUUCGAUUCCUUACAUUUUGGAUUCACAUCAAGCUCCUCGAUCGAUCCAGGAGAUUGACAGACUGCCACGUGGAAAAUUAAAUUGCUUUCCUUCUUCUCUUUAAAAGUCAGAUACACUUCAGACCAUAAGAAGCAGUUCAUUAGUGUUUCAGCUUGGUUAUCCAUAUUAAUGCAUUCCAUAUCAGCUCCGUAGAAUCCAUUAAUGUGCAGCACCCUCUGCAGGUCAAAUACAUGGUAGCCAUAAAUUCAAGAAGCCAGUGGGAAAGGUUGUGCCUGUGUACAGAAACAGGAACCUGGGUUGCAGAUAUGAAACCACACCCGGCCAUUUUGUCCAGGCAAGCCUCCCUGAACAAAGGCCAGCAUUGUAAGAGAAUGUUACUGCCUCUGCUUUGAACAAAGUGCUGUUAAGCUACGUAACCUCUCCUGAGAAAGCUGUUGCUUAGGGUAAUGUACUAUGGGGGAGUAUUAUUUUAUGCUAGUUGUACUGGAAGCAUAAGCAUGACCCUUCAGAUCUAUAUAGAGCUAUACAUAGAUUCAUGCAGCUUUUUCUUCUGCUACAUAAUAGAAAUUAUUGCUGGGUCUGGAAGGAGUCUUCCUAUGCCAGGCACCCAACUGGACAAACUUCUGAGGUUCUCAGGGUUAUGGCUUAAAUUACAGGGAAACUGGGUCUUUUCUCACUGUGGAGAACCUGCUAUUGUUCCCCUUUUCCUUUUCCUCACCAUUGCUUUAGCAGCAACAACAAAAGUUUUCUUACAUCCUAUAUUAGGGUGAAACCCAAUGCCUGGGUUGCCCAGUUAAGGUGACCUACAGGUGAUAGCAUUGCUUCGCACAGCGCAUAGUUAUCUUAUGGGUUCCUCAGUCACAGAAUGUGGUGAUGAACACUAGCUUAGAUUGUAUCUUUCUGUGUAAAGAUUAAGAACAGCCCUCCUGGAUCAGGACAAAGGCCUACCUAGUCCAGCAGAAUACAGUAAACUAAAACAUCUACCAUGCAGAAUGCAGUAAACCAGAUACUUCUGGAGAGCCCAAAUGCAGGAUUUGAGUGCAAGAGCACUCUCCCCGCUUGUGAAUCCCAGAAGCUGCCUCUGACAGUGGAGGUGGAAUAUAGCCAUCAUGGCUAGUAGCCAGUGGCAGCAAAUGUGAGGGUUCUAAAACUCUUUAUCUCUAGAGCAGACUUACUUGUUUAAGUAAAAAUAGAAUUGAUACUCUUUGUGAACUCUGCCCUCUCUCUUGGUAGGUGAUGACGCAUCUCCAUGUGAUUGAAGAGAGAAUGAAUCAAAGUCUGUCCCUGCUCUACAAGGUACCUUAUGUGGCAGAAGAAAUCCAAAGUGAGAUUGGUUAGUACCUUUGACCUCUUUUUACGAUCCCUAAGCUAGUUCGCCAAAAGCACCAAAGCAUUUUGGCACCUGAGAUCAGCAACAACAACAAAAUAGCAGUACAAACCAAGUAUAUACUUGUGAAAAGUUCCAACCCGAGUAUCUAGCAAAUUAUUUCCUCCAUAGACGAAUAAAAAUAAUCCUGACUCGAAUCCAAGAGGUUGUGUUGAGUUUCUUGGAAACAUCUUCAUAGGACAACACUUUCUAACUAACUGAGCACUACUGCUUACAGACGAGCUCCUUCAAGAGCAGCGGGCUGACAUGGACCAGUUUACAUCUUCCAUCUCCGAAUCUCCAGUGGACGUCCAUGUGAGCUCCGAAGAGAGUGAAGAAUCUCCCCUUUUUGAUGGCAAGCCCUUCCGUCCAUUCCAGGUGAAAACUUUCCCAGCCUCACUGGAAAAUGAAGGUAUGUAGAAUUGUGAAAGUGCUGCUGUAUCUGCCCUGAGCUGACGCCAUAGAUCAGCUACCCAGGUUAACAUACUUGUCCUCACUUUUAUUCUGGAUAUUUUUCUUGCCAGAGCUGCUUUAAAAGUAGCUCCUGACAAAAGAGCAAGUAGGCAACUGGUUUCUAAUUGUGUCAGACGUUGUCAUGUUGAGGCGCCUCCAAUUCUAUAUUCCUUUUUAAGUUUAGUAUUCUGAUUUUAAUUUGAGCACAUGACAAUGCAAUAAUGAUCUAGCUUUGCUUUCUUCCCCGGAUGCUUACUUUAUUUUUAAGCUUGGCUGUGAAUUAAUUCCCAUUUUCUUUCAUAGGGCCCUUAGCCCAAGCUCAGUUUCAUUGCACCUGUUGCUUGCUUUCUGGUGUUCAAAAGUUGGAAUAAAACAAAAGAAGCUAGAACUUGCUAUUAAUCGCUAAUCUAAAUGUUGCCCAGGAUCUGAGUUAGAAAUCGUACACAAGCCUUUUUCUUUUCUCUCCUCUUAAUCUCCUUUCUCUGCUAUUUUUUUGUUUUUGUUCUUGUGUUUUCCCGCCUGCUAUAGAUUCUCAGCCGGAUUUGUACCAUCCAGUGAAAAAAGGUUGGUUCUAAGCUGAUCCCUCAAAACGCCUUCUGUCAUGCCCCCUGCCUUUCCAGUGUGUUCUGAUAGCUUUUGCUUUUAGUUUCAUAACAUCAACUUCCACCUCCCUCCCUUCUGCUGAUAUAAAGCUUCAGAGAUUAAAGUAGCCACCCCCUGUGCAGAACAAGUCAGUUUGGCUGCCUCUGAUUAGUUGACUAUUGUUCCAAUCAUGGUAAAUGGUAUACAUACAGUGUUGGUAACAUUGUAAUACUGGCUUUAGAUAUGAGAGUUUGGUGUUCUCUAGCAUUGGUAGUAGCAUAGUGCUGUGAUUGCUAAUCAGUUUGUUUUUAGAGCUACUUGGGUGAAAUAUCAGUUUUAUUUUAAUAGCCCUUUCCCUUCUGUUCUGCAUCAUAAACAUUAUAUGGAAUGACAAUGACAAAGCUUGAGUUGGGCAGAUCUUUUGGAAUUCUACAGGUUAAAAUACGUUACCUUACAUUUUGAAUGUACAGAAAGACAGAACACUGCUAUUCUGUAUGAAAUCCCUUGCAAGGUGUGUUGACCCACAGUGUUUCCAAUGGACAAGGCAUAUUUGCCAAAAUGCACACAGCUGCAAAUUCCAUAAGCCUUCCUUCAUUGUGGUUGGAGACCCAUGUGCAGGAUCCUUUCCUCAGUUUCUCUUCUGGUGUGUUUAUUUUUACUGGCUUAUGUUCCAAGUCCUGCUUUGUAGCAAACGCUUCUUUUUGAACAAAGGGUGCAACAACUGCUUAGAAGUUGUCCUCUUCUCAAUGUGGGCUGUUUUGCAUUUCAGCACCUCAUAGUGGUAUUAAGGACUGACACUCUUUACUCUUUUCCACAGUGCAUCAGGCUUUGUUUUAUAAUUACUGACUCUGAAGCUACUAGAAAAAUCUUAGCAAGUCUCAUGCUUCUUGAAUCAAGUUUCAACAUGAAUAAGCAACCGGUGUAGCUGCUUCAGGAAAAGGGUUAUGCUAAUUCCGAGAGCUGCCUUAGCUAGCACCAAUGUUCUGCUGCAGACCAACUUCAAGGGCAGUCCCACAUAAAAUGCAUUGUAAUAGUCUAAUGUGGAGGUCACCAGAGCAUGGAAUCCAGUGACCAAGUUAUUCCUGUGCAGAAAGAGCUGGAGCUGGUGUAUCAGCUGGAGCUAGAAAUAGACUCUCCUGUCCAACAAGGCCACCCAAGCCUCCAGCAACAAAUGAUGGAUUGAGGAGUUCUUGCAGGCUAUGCACCUGCUCCUCCUUGUGGGCAGCAACCAUGUACGGAGCAAGCCAUUUCCUUGCAAACAUAACACCUCUGUCUUACCUGAAUCCAGCCUCAAUUUAUUGGCCCACAUCCAGCGCAUCGCCACCUCCAAACCCAGAAUACAAUUGAAGCUCUUGUCCAUUGAAAUUGAUUUGUUCUGUCUUCAUAACUGCCCUGGAGUGAGCUUCACCUCACUAGGUAAACAUGGCUGACCCAAACCAAGAGGAAACAGAACAUUUUGCAGUCCAUUCUCAGCUGAGUUGAGGCAGCUGUGAACUGUGGUGCAUUUGUUUCUGCCUUCCUUUCCUGUUUUUUUUUGUUUUGUUUUUUUAGCACAGUGCCUGCCAGCUAGCGCUGCUUUUUACCCAGAGAUGUAUGUGAGAUAUAAAGAGCUUUUCCUCCAACAACUAUUCCACUUAAGGCUGUUAAAUGGUGCAGAACUAUCUAAUGGUACCUGUCUUAGCUGCCGAAUUCCCUGCCCGAAGCCUUUGCUGUGCUGGCUCCUGAGAACUGGAAGUGCCAGAGAAAGGCCUAUAAAGGCCUGAGGUUGACUAACCUGGAAUGGUUAGGUUGAAAGUCUUUAGAAAAUAUCAAUGAUUAACUUUCACACCAAAAAAGCUACCAGGCUUAGUGAGCAAGGUGGACUUCCUGGAGCGUGAUUGGAAUCUGAAAUGGCAUUUCCUGAGCAACUUAGGCAGAGGCAGUAAAAUCAGACACUUUGUCAUGGAUUGCUUUUAGUGGAACAGGUGAGCUGGAUUCUUUGACCAAAUCAAGCACUUUGGUUUAAAUGCAACCAAUUUUCUGCAACCAAUUCAGUGCUUAUGCAAAAGAAAAAGAAAAAAAUAAAUAAAUAAAUAUCUCCUCACAUGUACUCCAGCUUUAAAUAAAUGGGUUUUAAUAUUUGCACUGUUUCCUUAAAAGCUAAUAUUCUCAGUUUCAAGAAAAUGCUCCUAAAGGUGUUGGUGAGGUCCCAGUAGAAAUAGAUGGCAAAUGUAAAUAUAAAAUGGAUGCAUAUAGACAAUAGAGACAGAACAAGGCAUGUGCAUGUCCACAGUGUAAUUUGAAAUCCUUUAGCAUCUCUUUAAAUAAAUGUACAUAAGUUGUUCACUUGAAAAGGUCACACAGUGUAAAUCCUUGCUCAGCCAUAAAUGGGGAGGAGAAUUAUGCAUGCCACUUUGAAUUCCUUGGAGGAAAGGGAGGAUAGAAAUGUCAACAACAAUACUGUUUUUGGAAAAUAAUUUUGUAUUAAUCAGUGGUGUGACAUUAAAGCCAACCAUUCAUAACCCCCCAGAUAAACCUGCCAACUUCUUGAUCACGUCUGCAAAUUGACAAUGUAUUAUGUGACACGAAUAUAGCUGUGUACUAUAUUUAUAUAUCAGUUUGGAAGCUAACAUGGCUUACAUUCACUUUGUCAAGUACGUCACAACAGUUGGCCCAGAUGGAUUUUUCUAAAACAGUUUCCUUCACAGUGGCAAAGAGCUGCGGUCAAUUAAGGCUGGCUUUGUAGUACCUGCAUAGGUCUCUGCAUCCCCUCUUACAGGUAGCCUUUCCCAGGCUUGGCCAAGAGUGAUCAGGUUGCCCACACCUCAGUCAUAGGGAUGUGUUACAGGCAAGAUGCAUUGACGCCGAGUGCCACAUGUGUGCUGGCUUUCGUGACAAUGACCUUUUGCCAGCUGCCAUGGUCUUCCUCUUGACAUGUAUUGGCUUCCACGUUUGAGCAUACCUCUGUGCCUGUCGUCCUACGCCUGCCUGGUGAGCAGAAUACAGUGAGCCUGCAACUUACACACACUUAACUCGUGCACAUUCAGCUUUACAUGCAUAGCUAAAAAUAAAAAAAAAUCGGAAAGGGGGAAAAACAACUUUUGCAAUCCCACCCACCAUUGAACCCAAUGUGUUUUCACUAUACGUGACUUUGGCUUUAGGUGCUCUUCCCAGAAUGUAACCACCAUGUAAGUUUGCAGGCUUACUGUACUUGAACCACAAAGGUGUUUGCCUUUUAAAAUGAGCUAACGUGUCACCAGCAGAUGGAAUAGAUCAGCUUUCAUUUCAUAGGCACAAAGGGAGCUGGGUCAGUUUACUUGGCACCCUUGAUGCAGGAUCAGUCCCCCACCACAAUGCUUUGUCUCUUUCUGCUUGCUGUUUUUAGACUUCCUUUGGUGUCGGCAUCCUAUACGAUGUCUAACCUGCCCACAUGCUCUAGGCAAAAUGUGACUGCACCACUAUUUGGCAUUUUCAGGCAGUGAAAACAAAAGAAAGUCACUGUGACAGAUGCCCCAAAACACAAUUAAUCAUUCACGUGCCCUCAAAGAACCUUGCUAACAGAAUACAUGAACUCGUCCCUGAGCACAACAAAUGGUAGGGCAAGGCGUUCAAUCAGUUAUGAAGUGUUUAACUGGUGUAUAUUGUAUUUCCUUUGCACCAUAUGAAGCAAAAUUUGGAUAUGUGGAGCAUCUCAGGAAUCCAGUGGCUAUCUUGGAUCCUUCUGCAAAUCCAUAAUGCCUGCCGGCAUUUUGCAAUAUUCAGAUAUCAGAUUCUCUUUGUGACUUGAGUGGUUUGACUGUUGCAUCAGUCUCUUCUGCUAUUCCUCCCGAUCAAUGUAUGAAAGCUCAGGUCUUAAUGGAAAUGCAGAGCUGGCUUGUUGAUAUCCUCCUCCAUUAUCACAUGCAGUGUUUCAUUGGGAACAGGCUGACUGAUAUUUGGAACUUCAUUUGCUCCUCCCUCGAAAUUGAUUCUGGACUUGAGCCAGACACAGGACAGGAACUCAUUACGUUUGCUCAGUGGGCGAGCUGUUUGGAAUGACUUUGAGGCUCGUUCUCUAGUUAGUUGCUGAUGUGCAGGCUUUCCAAAGGGACAGUGCUGACUUUGCUGUGGCAAGAAUAUCUCUUGCAUGCUGGCUCACAUCCUGGUUUCAUGGGGCAUUUAUAGCAGCCUCUAGGGACAUCUCCCCUGGAUCCCCAUUGCUUUGUGCCAUAUCAUACUAGCUGACUGUAGAAUGGGUGUGUGCUUGAACCUUCUGGAAAAACUUCCAUCAUGUUUCCCCCAUUUGCCAGCCCCUCCCCCCCUUCUCAUUGUUUGUCUUGCUAGCAUAACACUUUGGUGUCCUUCUAACAAGUGCAUAAUAAGGAGAUCUAAUAAUAUGUAUAUAUACGAGAAGCUAGGAAUCGUAGUGUGCCAUACAGACCGGGUGCCAUACAGACAGGACAAAAUGGCCUUUUCCAUUAUCUGAUCUCCUCCUUUGUUUCUUCUGCACAGGAUCUGGCAUGGCUGACCUGGAUGGACUGAUUGGGGCAGAAGAGAAAGUAAUCAACAGCAAGAACAAGCUGGACGAGAAUGUGGUACGUCCUUUUGCAUUUUUAUUUUAUUUUUUUGCAGAAAACACAGAGCCUGAGAUGUGGCUUGCUUUCAUGUCGCCCGCUGCUUGCUUGAUAGUCACUAGACUCAUUCCAUAUGGUGCAGGGGAGGCGCAGAUUACUGACUUGCAGCUCCCGCAGGCUUCCCGCAUGUGUCAGAGACGGAAGGGUAGGAGUGUGAGGGAAGCAGAACUAGCAUCCUCGCCCUGGACAGCUUUAUGGAUGUGGGAGGCGGAACAGAACCGUUUGGUGCUCUGGCACAGGCUCCACCGACAGAUUUGUCAGCUAUUUUGAGUGGCAGCAUCUUCUGUCAAGUGUAGCAGGCUGUAGUGUUUAGAGCUGAUGCUGAGAUGUACUCUGUGUUUGCACCUCCUGUCUACAUCCUUGUUGAAAACUGUAAAUAGGAGCUUGUUUGGAGGCAAAUUACUUUAUCUGGUUGAUGGAAUGCAAACCAGACCUAUUCUACUAAAAUGUAGCCAGCUGACAUCUAUGUCGCAUCACAAGCAUUCUCCACCACCAGGGAAAGCUUCAAAUAUAACCUAACAAGACAGAGAUAGAUAUAUGAUAGAUAGAUAGAGAUAGUCACUUGAACCUUCCUACGUCUUGCUGGCUGCUGUACCUGCAUCUUGCUGGGCUUCCCUGGCAGCCAUGCAUAUUUAGUGUGAAGGAGCCCUUCAUGCACACAAAUGCACACACGUAGCGACUUCUAUUUGGGAACAGGAGGCCUGAUUAGCCAGGAUUCCUGCUUGUGUGGAGGAGUCCCUGUGUAUGUGUAAUUGUAUGUAUGUGCACCUCCUUUACACUGAAUAUGUGGUGCAUAGCCACCAUAGUUAGUGGGCCAGAUUCCUUUCUCUUGCGUUUGUGUGUUUGAUGCCUUCUUUUACUGGUUUUGCAAAAGCCCUACCUUUUUAGCCCUGGAAGCUAUUGGGAUUUUGCUAAGCACAUGAAACCUGAGCCAGAGAGAUGGGUGUAAUGACUUAGCAGAGUUUUGCUAUUUGUUUAGUUUAGAAGCUGCUCCUUUUUGCAAACCCAAGGUGAUUUUUUAUGCACACCCUUCCCAGUAUUCCUCCUUUCUGUCAUUAGCUCCUUGUGUAAAAUUCCUUCAUGACUGUUUUCAGGUAAUUGAUGAAACCCUUGAUGUGAAGGAAAUGAUUUUCAAUCCUGAGCGAGUCGGUGGACUGGUGGAUGAGCCGGUAUGUAUAUAGCCACCACCCCAGGCUUGCUGUUAGGGGACUUCAUGCCCUGACCUGGGUGUUAAGUAGCACUGUGUAUACCUCUUCUAGUUCUGAAUAUGCCAUGAGCGUUGCAAAGAGCAGUAAACCCAGAGUUUGCUGGAAGAAACGUUUUGUUAUUGGCCACGUAGGAGACACAUAAGCAGAAGAGGUCCCAUGUGUGUGUCACAUAUCUGAGAAGGUGUUUUGCAAGGUGCCCCCCGCCAGCCAGAUCACAGUGAGAGGGAUCAGGGCGAGACCAUGACCAGGCACAUCUCAUGCUUGCUGUGGCAGUUGGUCAAAGGAAGGUGCCUCCUAAGCUAGUUUAGUCAUGUUCAUUUCCAGCUCUCAGCCCCUCCAUAUCACUUCCUUCCCGUGCAGGAAAACGACAACGCGCUCCGUGACGACUUCAGCUUCAGCAGCAGCGCUCUCAUUGGUCUCCUGGUGAUCGCUGUUGCCAUAGCCACAGUCAUCGUCAUCAGCUUGGUGAUGCUGAGGAAGAGGCAGUAUGGAACCAUCAGCCAUGGGAUCGUAGAGGUGAGAGGGGCCUCGAGAUUUAUCGCCUCUGAGGGGGGAGGGGCUGGAUCAACCUGCUGGGUGGGGGAAUGGGGUGGCAGCAGUUGCUCUCUGCCGAUUUGAGCGUUUGGCAGUCAGUGGCCUUAUGACUGUUCAAAGCGGUUCGCUGAAGGUAUAGCUUUAAAAAGAGAGAGAGAACUUCUAUUAUCCUCUCAGUUCACACGUGCACAGAACAUACAAAUCAUCAGGUUCAGAGCAGUGACUGGAAAUCACUGUCAUUUUAGCUAUUGGCUUGAUCAUGUGCAAUAAGGCAUGUGGGAAAGAGCAUUCAGACGGGAGUUGAGGCUUCUUUUCUUAGGGAGAUGAUGGAAGUUGAAUCUCUUGCAACAAAGACCUCAGUUUUAAGAGAUUAAUACCCUUAAAUUCUAUCCAGGGAGCAGGCCCCACAAAUGCGUUUAGCCCAAGAUGCUUUCAUGCCUCCUCUUCACUCGCUGUUUGUUCUCUUCUUUGAAGGUUGACCCGAUGCUCACGCCAGAGGAGCGGCAUCUGAAUAAGAUGCAAAACCAUGGAUACGAGAAUCCAACUUACAAAUACUUGGAGCAGAUGCAGAUUUAAAAGUUGUUGAAACCACCGCAGCCCUGACCAGCAAAGGUUCAGGGUAGGAAGGGCCAAAAAUGGUCCAGUAUUUUGGAUCAGCUGUUGACCAACUUUUGCUUGAAGAGGACUUCAUAUUACAUUCAGAACUCCUGGAUCAUUUAAGACUUAAUUACUACUGUAGAGUUGCAAAUUCCAUUCUUUUAAAUGGGUGAGGAAAUGAUAAUAUAACAAUAUAUGAUAUAUAAACCUUAAAUGGGAAAAUGGAUCUAUUGCAGAUAUUUGAGAUGUAGUUUUUUUUUCUUUUUUUAAGAAACUUAAUCUAAUGAGAGAAAAUCCCAGUGCUGUCGUAUUGUCUGAUAACAAACUCUCUGUAUAAAUGAGAAAUGUUGUUUUAUUUCUGAUACACCACUUGUAUAUUCAAGGUCAUGUACCAACCGCAUUGUAUAAACAAGACAUUUGUGGCUCUUUGGUCAUUCUGGCUUUUAUAUAUUCAUAUAUAUAUAUAAAAGCAGUAUUCCUUUUUUAAAAUAAAGUUUUCACCAAAGUCACCAAAAAAAUGAAAUAUUGGGGUUUAGGGUCUUUGGGAGACAAAUAAAUAACCAGGGAAGCAAAUUCACAAUAAUGGAAACCUUAUAUAAAUUCUCAGAUUCCAGUGACCUGUGCACGUCUUCUUCUUCUGCUGUGUGGCUUGGUUUUCAAAAAUCCUAGAUCCUAUAGAGGUAAGGAGAGGAAAUGCUUCUGCCUUAGUGAAAUGUUGGGAGCUGGUUUGUGCAGAUUGGGAUUGCACACUUUGUCCACUUUUCUGAACCUGGUCCUUGUAGAAUUGGAAGCCUGCAACAUUUGACUUCAAAUCCUUUCCCUGCAGCCUAAGCCAGCCUACCUUAGCAGCCACUAUUGUAAGAGAGCCCUUCUUUGUUAAUGUACCCAGGCCCACUCCUUUCAUGGUUAAUCAUGACCGUUACAGAUUAGGGAGGCUGCUGUGUCUUCCCAAGGAAGCUGGAGUCAACACUGGGGUGUCUUCCUAAUGGGAGACACCUGAUACAGUUGCAAAUAGCCCAGGCAUUUGGGGGAGCCCAUGAUUUAUUGCCACUUUGCUCUCCAUUAUGGGUGGGGUUAGGGAGGGUAGAGGGGAUAAUGUCCGAGCGAUGGAGAAGGGAAGGGAAUUUGUGAAGCGUCACGGACACUGAUCCGUUCACCACCAUGUCUUUGUAAUGCUUGUAUAGUUGGUGUUAAUGCUCACAGCUUUUUUUAAAAUUCUGGAGGUUCUGGUAACCUGUGGUGUAUUAUUUUAUUUUCUAUUUUCUGUGACCUUUCUUUUCCCCUCCAUCCCUUACCAUGUCUCUUCCCACUAUGCACAGAUUUACUUAACCUGCAAACUCCUUAGUGUGGUCUGUGGGGAAUGUAAAAAGUUGGAAUCACAUCAAUAAACACUUUAACUUCCA